AGAUUCACAUACAAGAUGAUAGUAUAAUAUUAAAAUAGAGUAAUGGCCACUUCUCCAAGCCGCAUGAGUACAACACUUCCUGCUAACAGCAGUACAUCCCUUGCUGAAGAUGGAAGGAAAUGGUCGUCUUUAGACGCACAUCAACAAGGACCUGAACCUUUCCAAUCCAUACCUGCUCAAGAACUACUCAAAGACAGCUGUAGCAAAUGUGGAUGGAUAAGAAAAGAGGGAGGAAGUGUAAAAUCCUGUGAGUCUCUUCAUCUUGUGUCAUGCGUAAUUUAUACAAAAUUAAUUUUGGUGACUUCUUACUGUGCAUCUGUCUGUAUGAAGCCCUUCUCUCUAUAUGGCAUGUUGUCUAGAGCUUCAGGUUUCUUGAAAGCUACGGUUCCUAAUGAGUAACCCUCCCUCUCUUUUUUCCUUGAACAAAAUUGCCAAAAUUAAAGUGCACAGUAAAACAAUGGUAAUUUUUACCUAUGGUUAUAGCAUUGUAUCAUUGUGUAUUGUUUGUUCUCUCACACAAUUCUACCUUUCUAUUGGAUACUAUCACACUUAUUGGUGUGCUUCUCUUUGCCACUGCACAUAAUGUAAAGUAUUGCAGUCCCUUUGUUGUCUGAUCAGGUAAUGUAUGCAAGGAUCAUGAAGUGGAGGUUAAGUUCUAUAUUGCAUCCCAUGUACAGUUUGAAAGGCAGCUAGCCCACUUGUAGCUUGAAAGUAAUUUGUUGUUUUUGUGUUUUUUAAUAGGGCGUGACAGAUAUAUCAUCUUGCACAAAGGCUGCAUGUAUUAUUACAAUACUCCAGAUGCUAAAACUACAGCUGGUAAAUUUUCUCUCAGUGGAUACAGGUAUGUUUUAAUGAAAAACAAACUUUUCAGUCAGGAGCUCAAUAUUAAUGUGCACUUCCCACUAAGGUAAUAGAAUAUGAGCAGAAAAAUUUGCAAUAGUGGUAUAAACCUUUGAAACACCCUGUGACCUUGACAACCUCAUGCACAGAAAGUCUUGGAAGUAUAUGUUUCUUACCUACUGUAAGAAAAUAAGUCAAGCUCCAGAAUAAUUUUGGAUUUCCAAAAAUCAAUUUUGUUUAUUCAUAAAUGUGGUGGCUUUAGUUUGAAAUUUUUAUCCACAUUUCAUUUUAGAUUGUCGCCAGCACCAGAGAAAACUUCCAAAUUUCAAUGGACUUUUAAAUUAGUUCAUUUACAACCAGAAAAAAGGACUUACUACUUUGCUGCAUAUUCUGAACAAGAAAUGAAUGUAAGUACCAAGUAAAAGUGAGAAUCAAGAACUUGUUUAGUUGGUGAUCAUUUCCUUUAUUCUCAUGACCUUAACUUCUUAUUCAAGGGUGAUACUGUCAGGAGAAUUUAUGAGUCAAUCACGCCAGUGGAUUAAUGGGUUAACAAGCAAUUCAGUUAAACAUCCUCACCUUUUUCUACUUCGAAAAUACCUUGCUAGUGUUGCGUGGAGAGUCUUUUAUCCUUUGGUUUCAUGUGAUCUACAAAUUCUCCUUGUCAGCCCCUUAGGAAAUGUAUAGAGAACAGUAUGGAGAAUAUGCAUACUGAUGGAGUGUAAGGGUUAAAACCUUACUGUUACUCUUGGUUGGUGCCAUGUUAAUGUUUGUGUAUCCAGAUAUUCAACUGAAUUUGAAAAGCACUCUCCCUAAAAAUUAAUCGGAAAAUAAAGCAAGACACUUGUAAUGCAAACUACAUGUACCCAAGGAGACUUUGUUAGUGGUGAAUCCUGUCUUUGCCAUGCCCAUAAAUAAAUAAAUUGUGUUUUAAUUUGGAAAAUGAGUUCAAGAAUUGGAGCAGUGGAAAGUCUAGGGAGUGGCUGCUAGUCCUCCCCCAUAUUUGGGUAAUUGCACCCCAAACCUUAGAGUCCCUAGCCAAGAAAUGAAGUUUUAAAAAUAAAAAAAAUUUACAUUUGAUUCUGAAAGUUCUCCUCCCAUUAGCCAUAAUCCUUGAAAUAUGUUGUAUGCAUCCACCAAUAGCUGGUGUCUGCCACCUUCAGAACAGUUUCUUAUAACAGGUGUGACCAAGUUUGGCCUAGAAAAAGUUUUUAUAGCUGUUCAAUUCUUUUUGGUAGGAAUGGAUGAACAGUAUAGUAAGUGAUAUGAGAGAAUACUGUGGGACAGGAAGACAAAGCAUGUGAGUGUCUUGAAUUUAAUUGAUUUGAUAAAUGUAGUUUGUUGUUGGUGUUUAUUUAUAAACAGUUUUAUUGACAGCCAAAGUUAUUGUGCAGGUUUAUUGUUCAUAGGUAAUAAUGAUGUCCAGUAUUAUUUUGUUUUAUUUGCUAUUGAAAAUUAUUUUCUGAAUAGAUUUUGUUAAAUUAAGACAUGUUUCUUUUGAUAAGUGGGUUCAAAUGAAGCUCUUAUAGUGUAUUUCUUUUUCUUUUGUUCGUGCAGCAUUAAGCCAGGUGAUAAUGCAGAGCUGGAGUACUGUUACCCUGAAGUAGAACCUAAAUUUGACCUGGAACAAUUAGCAACAAUGUUUGAAAAUCCUCAACUAAAACCAGCAUUAGAAAUAAUGUACUGUCCACCCCCUGAAAUGGGUUCUCCACAAGUGCAAAGAAAACCCCUGCCUCCUCAGAGACCUGCAUUUCCUUCACCUAAGCUACUUCGAGGAGGGUUCACCUACACUGACAUCCUAACUCCAGUGCCAGGCCAAGGAGGUGCUUUAUUUGGGGCAGUUAGAAAAUCUCGUGAAGGGAGAAGUCUUGGUUUUCCCCGCAAGUUAAGUGAUCCUCCUGCUCUACCGGCAAGAAAGGGAAAACCAUUAGCACCGCCCAAACCACUUCCUCGGCCACCUCCUCUGACGCGGCACACCACUGAACCUAUCAUGAGGUACCCAUCGUUACCCUGUAGAGGUACUGUACACUGUCUGAACUUAUGCACAGUUAUGCAUUAUGUGUCUUUUAUUGUCUCAAUUCAUUCAAUCUUUUCAGUCAGUUGCAACCACCCUAACCACAUCUUCUUUCUCAGGAAAGGUAUGAAUCAUGCUGUCAAUGCAAGGGUGUUUGUUCAUUUAGAAUGGUUAUGACUACUGACUUAGCUUUUAUCAUGCCAUGGGUGAGAGUCACUACAACCAAAUGGAACUGUCCUGAACUUUUUAACCUUAUUUCAUUGGUAUUUUUGAUUAAACCUUUAACUCUAGUGAGUGACAAAGACAGAAUUUCUCCUUAUAAUAUCAAAUGAUACAAUUCCAAGCAGACAAGUAACAAGAAUAAAGAAAAAUAUUGAUUAGUGGAUUAUUAGUUGAUCCAAUACCAAAUUCUCCCAACUAACAUCAUAAGAAUUGCAAGGGGACAGUAAGGAGAAAAACUAAUCAGAGGUUGGGAGUUAAAGGGUUUAAAAUGUUGUUAGGUUCUUAAGAUUAAUUUUGCAUUUUUUAGGAGAUUAUCAAAAUCAAAUUUUUUAGAUAACUCUGUCACUAAUAUUGUGGUAAAUGAUUUCAUUUUGUUUAGACCAAGAAGAAGAAGAAGAAGAAGGGGAAGGUUAUUUGGACAUAGUUCCAGACACAAAUCCUGAAGAUGUCAAUGAAAAGCAACCCGCCCUGUCAAGGUCUGUCCAGUAAGAGGAAUCUUCACCUAAUAUCAUUCUCUAUCAAUGGAGUGUAAUUUGUGUGUUUGAUCAUAACAGAGGCUUACUAUAUCAUGGAGCUUUUUGUGCUGAGAAGCCACAGUUUUCUUCAUAUAGCUCUUUUUGUUAGCAAGAGGCUCAUGUUUAGUAUUAUUGGGACCUCUCACCAUGAAGACACAUUAAAUCAUUGAGUAACAGUCACUUGCAUCCAUUUGCUUGUACAUAAACCUCUCAAAAGUCUAUUUCAGUGUUAACUUGAUAUUCAGUGGGACAAGGGGGACCCUUAUUGCUCCAGGUUUUGCAUCAGCCAAUUAACAGGCAUGUAGAAAAGAAAAAAGCAAAAAUGAGGGGGAUUUUGGAAAAGGAAGGAAGAGAUUCCCAUUAUUCUAUUUUUAUUUCACUCCAAAUUUUUUACUGAAAUGCUUGGGUACUUGUACUCAUACUACUCUGGGGCAAAUAUCACCUCUGACUGGAAAGAAACCCUCCAGAUACAUAUACAUGUAUGAAAAUUUCAACACCUUCUUAUGAUUGUUAAAUUGAGAAGUUUUAUAUAUACUGUGACUUUUGUCAGAGCUGACAGUCCAGCUCAGUUGGUUUGAAAAUAAGGCAGCCUUUUUGAAUGAGUUUCCAAUAUUUUUUGUACAAACUCAUCAAGAUAAACAGAUACAUGUACCCAUUUUCACUGGUUUAGAAGUUCUAAUGAAUAACAAAUGUCUCUCUUUGUAUGGACUAGUAUGACGACUCAGUUUUGACUCAGGGCCCUAAAUGCUUCAUACAGUGCGAUUUCAGAUCAAUUUUUGACAACAGAAAAGCUUGAAAAAUUUUGCCUUUCUUAACCUGUAGUAAAGUUACACAAUUUACAGUUUCAUUUAGUGAGUUUUUGGUUCUUUCUUGUUCGUAAAUUGUUAAUUACAAUUGUAAUUUAGAAAAAAAUGGGCUUACCUUGUGAACAGUUGGUUAAUAUUUGGUACUAGUUGUUGAAGGAUAACAUUAACUAUGAAUAAAGGGGGUAAGUUUCUAAAGAAACUGUGGUGCUGCGUCGGUGUGGGAGUAUAUCGAGGUAGUUUGGUAUUAUUAACAGAGUUGAUAAUGUAAAUUGGCCACCAUAAAGAGUUUCAAAGCUCUUUACGGUAUCAUCCCAAUUGAUAAUACCAAAUUACCUUGUAACAUUAACUACGCCGCUUUUCAUUCUUAUCGUUGUUUACUCUGUUGGCUUUAGGGGAUGUCCAGAUGGACAAAGCAUUGAGCGGUAUCAUACUGAGGUGAAUAUAAAACCAUUUAUUUUGUAUGAUUUUUAGACCUUGGUUAUGACCAUACGGUAGGAUUUUAAUUGCUUUUUUUUGUACAAACUGGUUGAGUGUCGGUAAUAUUACAAAUCUUAAGUGUUUUAUUGAAUACUUUGUUGUCUUCAAAAUGCUGAAAGUACUGUGCAAUCCAACAACUCAGGAGCCUAUGGCUAAAGUAGCCUUCCCCAACCCCCCUUCCUCUGUACAAUGUGCAAGACUGUGUGUGGGAGAGGUACUGUGAGGUAGUAUUUUUUUUCCCUAAUAGUUUUACGAGGCCAGGGGCUAAUGCUAAUUAACUCGGGGCUUUAUUUUUUACCUGAAGUCCUCCAGGCUCAGCUUCUCUCAAUCCAAAGAACUUCUAAAUAUUUCAAAGCACUACAGCCACCCCAUCCAUCCCCCUCCCCAAUAUGAAGUUGUCUUUCUGAUGCAUGGUAUCAUGUCGAUAGAUUAGUCACUGACAUGUGAUUUUGUGAUUCACUAUAGUUUCACGUGUACACAAGGUUAUGUAAUACUUAUAACAUAGCGCGCGUGCUUGUCCUUUAUAAGUCCUAUUGAGCUGCUAUGAACAAAUCUUUAUUUACGCACGCCCGUGAGUAAAUAAGAUGACGUGAGCAUUUUUUUUUACCUGGCUUCAGAGUUUCCUUCCUGUUAAGCUGCCGUGCAGGUUUCCUUCUCUUUGAAAUAUGGAAGAAACCAGCGAAGAUCUGCCCAAUUUUUCUAUCGGCAUCGACCAUUUAGGUCCUGAUCCAACAAGCAACAGAAAUAAAGCCGAAAAAAACUCGCAAGUUGCACGUUUCGCAAAUUUGUCUUGAUAACUCAUAAGAUGAGUCUUUGACUUUUAAAACAUUUUUUAGGGACACGUGAGUUCAUUUGGCUUUGAUUUUCUCCAUUUUCCCCGUAAAUUUUGAGUUUUUCUCAAACAGUUAUCAGUUAACUGGCUCAAAUUUUCUCGCUCAAACCAAAGUAUAAAAUGUGGCGUGUUUUUGACCAGCCAGUAGGGACGUUUGUUUACUUUUUUUUUGUGCGUUGUGAGAAUUUUGCACUCCAUCACAAUAAAAGGCUUCUUCGCUCAGAUCCUUGUUUUCGCUCUGUUAUAAAAGAAUUUGCUCAUGCUUUUAACUGUACGUAUAUCGAGUUAUGGAUGCACUUGGGAAGUUUGGAGAGCACUCAAAAAGCUAGAGUUGCUCUCGGCUGCGCCUCGAGCUACUCUUACGUAUUUUUCGUGCUCUCCAAACUUCCCGCGUGCAUCCAUUAUUCGAUAUGCCCACGCUAAGCAUGAACAAAUUCUUAAAUUAAGCAAUUACUUUCAAGAUUUCGUUAGUAAGUUUCCUUACUGUCUGCAAUACAGUUCUCACUUUUUUGAGUUUGGAGAAUUUUGUAUUGGAUCAGCUAAAAAUCCCCUGAUUGAUGUUUUUCUUCAUUCUCAUCACUCGUCUGUUUGAUAUUUCAUUGAUAUUGUAAGGAGAAAUUUUGUAUUGGUCAUUAAUGAGAGUUAAAGGGUUAUGCAACUCUCUUCACUUUAUUGUUGCAGAUAGUUCUUCCCUCCUCGGCUGUAAAACUCGACGUGGACAAGAUGCAAGUUGGGGCGUAAGUAUAUUACUUUUGCCGUAAUAAAGAGGUUUCCUCAAGGAAGCUAGUGAAAACACUCUUAAUUAAAACUAAUAAGUACCCAUCAAUUGUUUAUGUUAUCGACAUUUACGUGCGUAUGCAGGGUUUUGAUAUUACCUACCAUGAGUAGAAGCUUUUAGGUCUCUAAAUAAAAUUUGACUCUGUUAUUUCUUUGUCCACUUUUAUUGUCUGUUUUCUUCUGCAACCGAUCAAUAUGAAUUAGUUUUAUUGGUUAUGCAAUGAAAUGUGCCUCAGGCAAAACAAUAAUGGAAUCCCGAUAAGGCGAACUCCUUCAUCGCGAAGUACAAUUUAAAAGCAAUAGGUUUAUGUAUCAGUUCAGGAGUGGAGGGUAGGGAUUUCAAGGUUUUAUAUGGUGUUACUGUAUUUGUGUUUUAACAUGUAUUUAUUUCUGACUUAUUUUCUUGUAGUCUCUUGGAAAAUAAACUCGGAGUUUACAUACUGCGUAGAAGUCAGAACGCACAGUCAGAGCGGGUAAACCCAACUUCAAAGAAUGAUUUUUAUUCAUAGUAACAAAACUCGUGUACUUCAGAGUCUGAAAAUCGUAGAUUGUUGACCUCGACUUUUCAUGUUUCGUAUAUGGUAAUAUGACUGUCAACUGUAUAAGUAACAGUUACAAACGAGCAGGCAGUUGGAGCGUAGUCGAAUGUGCUACAGAUUGAGUUUAUGGGGAAAUUAAAUAUAUAAGUGCAGUCGAGCAAAACCAUACAUCAAUAAAACAGUUCAGUCUCUCCAAUCUUGUUCAAACCAAAAACUCAACGAUGUAAUCUUUCAUCGCCUUUUCAGCAUAUUACUUUUCACACUUCACAGAGCAGUAUUUUCAGGUUCGAGGAAAAUUUGUUCUUUUUUUUAAUUUACUUCAUAAUUUUUCCUUCAAUUUAAUGCAGGCUCUGUCCGUGUGGACUGGAGAUCGAGUACGACAUUACAUGGUGUUUCAGGAUGAAGUAUGUGGUUCAUUCUUUGUCUAAUAAUUUUUUUAGUUUGUUUCCUUGUAAAUUCUUAAUCGUAUGGCAGUUUGGAUGUACAAUUCACAGUGACACCCUCACCUCUUUGUGUGGUAUUUAUUUUGCAGAAAGGCUACGCCCUUGAUCCUGAUGGCGUGCGAUGCAAAACAAUUGAGAAGCUAAUAAAACACUUUUACGACUUCACUUUACCAAGAUGUGACGUGAAACUUACAGCGCCUUAUAAAUAGAAUUGAUCAGGAUCAUGGAGUAACUAAUCAGAGUCAGCCAAAUCUUUCAUCUGUUGGUGUUGCUAAUGAAUCUUGUUGGGUGUUAUCAAACGGGUGAUAUUUUGUCUAGGUUGGACUAUAAUUUUAUACAAAAAUUAUUGCAAAUUCAGUAUUAAACGAUUCGAGGCUUUGAAAAAUAACCCCGAACUGUGGGACUUAUUCCUCAAAGCCUUAUUAUGUUGUCGAUUCCUUUACAUUGCAUUUUAAAAUGAAAUAUUUGGGCAAUUUGCAACUUGUUGAAUCGUCUUUUGUAGUUUUGUUGAUAUUUGAGGCAGAAUACGUCCUCAACUUACUUUACAUUAAGAUAGAGCCUUAUACUCCCAAAGAAGAGUAGGGAUUAAAGAGAAGUAUUUUCCCUUUGGUGAUGCUUGAAAAAAAAUUUCAUGUCUUCACGAAAUGAAAACGCCCAGUUUUCUUUUUAAUGCCAGAUCUUCUUACUAUUGAGGUAUUGAACGUAUAGAAUUUUUACAAUUUAUGAUUGUUUGUUGUUUUGCAUGGACGGUUUUUGCUACUCAUCGCAGGUGUAUGAUUUUAACUUUAUGUUUUGAAGUUAGACAAAUGUAGAAGAAGGAUUAUGAUAUUCAUAGAAUCUCAGAAAGGGGAAGAAAGAUCUGCUGACAAUUUUUGAAAAAAGUUUAUAUAAAUGCAAAACAAGGGAAUUUGAUGUCGAGAGAUUUUAUACUAGUGUGUGGGCCGGUCCCACUUUUUCUGCAUAGAAAACGCCAUUGGCAAUUUGGAACCAAUAUGCAUUGCAUGGUGUUAGAAAUAAGACUUUAUGGCCAUAUUUUACCAUGUUCUCGUUAACAUCUUGCUCAUUAUGUGGAUAGAAUGAAAGUAAUUUUUAUUGUAUUUCUUUUUAAACUAAAAACUGUACAGUAUAUAGCGAUUAAAUGAAUUUUGCAUUGAUGCGUACGGAUGGUUGAUACCAACUGUUGAUUUACAAUGAAACAAUUUUCCUUAAAGUUUAACUGCGCCAACCUUUUGGAUCAUUUACCGGAGCCAAUAAAAUCUCACAUCGUCUAUUUUUGAUCAUUUAUUUUCUGUCUUCAUAACGUGUUCGAUGAUCAUUCUCCCAAAACUGUUUUCAGAAUAUGAAUUCGUAACUAAUAUAUAAUUACUUUUUGUAAUCAGAGGAAUGUGUGGUAAGUUAUUGUAUAUUUUGAGAAUCAGCCUACUUUAAAUCUUUUUUGAAACAUUGAAAUAAAGCUAUAUUUUCCAUUUGGUAUCUCCUCCAUGUCCCUCUGUUACCUGUACUGUGGGCUGAUAUGAAUGUCUGGUAAAUGCAUUCUCAUUCAUAAUCGCAUAUUCGGACAUGACGGAAAAACUAAGUGUGAAAAGUGUCAAAAACUGACCAUGCGGCGUUAUUUUUGAUUAGUUUUCUCUAAAGACCUGUGGUUAAUGGGAGAGUAUACGAGCGUAAGCUUUACUUUUGACUGUUAUGAUAUCAAAGUGAAGUUAAGGAAGAAUGUUAAACACUCGUCAAAAACCGGCGAGGAAAAACAAAAUGAAGGGCACGCAAAUGACUAAAGAAUAAUUAUUCUAUGAAAUCAUAAAGCUAAGAUCAAAAGGUACUGAGCUGGAGCCUCAGAGUCACUCGUCAGAUGAGCGAGGGAGGCUGUAUCGCGACAAAGAUUCCUAACGGAAGAAAGGAAAGAUUUCGAUCAGUUUUCAAAAAAGUAAACAAACGAUUCAUGACUAGAACAUUCAGUUAUUUUCUCCCACUUAAUUUGUUUUAGAACUGCUACGUCUCUUAAGAAAAGCCUUCCCUGAAACCCUUAUGCGCCUUUUACUGCUGAACGAGUUUGGUGAUCUCUGCUUUAUUUUUUUAAGAAUCAAAUCUUAAAAAUUAUAUUUACGAUGAAUUCAUUUCAAUCUAUUAAUGUAGGUGGUGCAAAAGUAUGUAUCCAUACUAACAUGGUACAAAGACGACAAGAACAACAAAUUUUUGCCUGCCAAAUAAUGUAUAAUGCUGAGCUUUCCUCCUGGCUAUCCCCUUGGAAAAUGUUGAGGAAUUAGAAAAGUAGAGAGAGGUUUUCCUUGAUUCAUAGACGCAUUUUCUUUUACUGAAAUCGUAGAUUUUGCGUCACUAUCGAUGUAAGGUAAUAAUUAACUUUCCCACGAGGAAACGCUGAGAUUCGAUGUAAAUCUUUUCUCUCACCCUUAUUUUCAAAUCCAUCCUCGCCGUUUUGGAAUGAAAACGGAAAUGUACUCUUCCAAGAUUCGCUGUGCUGUGCACUGUUCUGCCUUGUCAGUCUAUGGGAAAUUAGAAAGACAACGCACGCGUCAAGGUAAUUAGGAUUUCAUCUCCUAGGAGUGGACACAACGCCACCUUCAACUGUCGCGCAGAAAACGUAUUGAUACAAGGGCGAAGGAAAAGCCUCAGACUUGAAUUAGCAACCCCUGACCUCCUCUCUUCCUCAGGCUCCUCAGGCUCCCACUUAUAUCUGGCCCCAGUCCUUUUUGUGUUUUUUCGGCUGAUUCAUUACUUGUGUUCCACUCUGAUGAAGUUGGCAAUUAGAGAUUCAUAAUCAUAAGAAUUUCUUAUCAGUAAGGCUUAUUUUAGUGACUGAAGACAUUUUCGGCGGAAAAUCGACAUAAGGAAUGGCGUGGAUAAAUAAUGGAUGUUUAUUAUGCAAUUCUUGUGGAGUCACGAACAUGCAAUCGCGAAAGCAGAAGAGUACACUGUGAACAAUGCAGGUAGGAAUAUUCGAUGGUUUAGUAGAUGAUAUUUUGUAUCACUUGUGAAUCAUUCCUCAGUCAUGAUUUAGUCAAAAACGAUUGCGUAUUCAUUCGAUCGAGAGAUUAGCAUUGAAUGUUGCUAAACGAAGCCUUGCCACAAUAUGUAGCCGGGCUUCAUUAACUCUUGGUUUGCCUUACCGCGUUGCUAUCGAAUCUGUGCCUGAACUGAACACGCAAUUGUGAAGGCGGAAGAGUACACAGCAAACAAUGGAGGUUGGAAUAUUCGAUGUAUCAGCAGAUUAUAUUUUCUACCACUUGUGAAUCAUUACUCUUCAGUGCUGAAUUCUCAGUCAAACCCGUUUGCCUACUCAUUCGAUCAAAUGGACAAUCUGCAGCCGAGCUUCGUUAACUUUGCCUUUCCGUGUUGUUAUUAAACAUGUGUCUGAACAGAACCUGACUAGAACUCGUGAUUAAUUCAAGUGCGACGAAGCCUAAUCACUGAUUCGAAAACUCAUGGUUUGAUGCCUAAUUUAAGGAAUUGUUGCAGGGCCCGUGUCAUUUGGAUCUGACUUAGAUAAUACUUUAGAAACCGACCUGUGUAACAAAACAACCAGAAAGGCGGUCAUGUGAGAUUUCGAUUUCUCUCCAUCGUAUGUGCGAAGAUUUGUUUUUCCUAGGACCUCUCGAACGUUCGGCGAAAUUCAGAGUCAUUCAAAGUCAAUUAAAGAAUUGGUUCUUGCCAAGAAUCGAGUUAUGGAUGCACAUAGGAAGUUUGGAGAGCGCGAUAGAAGCAAAGCGAAAAAUGUACGAAUUUCUUGCGUUUACGAGACCCGCGUGGUUGACUCACCGAAGGUUAUUACAAUUUACGAGCGGAAAAUUGCGAAUUUCUGAAAAUUGUACGAUUUAAACCAAAAUCUUCUAUUGAAAACUCUUUUUGGACAUGUUAACACUUAAAAAAUUAUUGCUACCGUUCUCGAGAAUUUUACCCUACGUCGCAAAGCCUCACUUGAAGUCAUGAAGAUCACUUUGUUUAUUUCCAGCCAUAAUUCGCAUAGCGUGCGGAAAUGAACUCAAAAGCUAACUCUGUCGCUUGAAAGAAAUACAUUUCCAUUAUUUUUCGAAAUAAGUAUUGUUUAGCAUAUUUACACUUGAUUUUGAGCUCCCAAAGUUCUAUCACAAUCGGGAUGGAAGAGAAAAACAAAGUCAAAAAGUUUUGAAGCGCGGCUAAACUGUACGGGAAGUUGCAGCUGAAUGCACCCGCCGUGUUAUGAAUGCACGGCCGUGCGUGCAUGAGGAUUUUUAACAUGGUAACACCUUAAGAAUGUCAGGUAGCAAUUGUUCGCCCGCGAUCUGUUAUAAUAUUUAUUUAUUGGUUUAGAAGUAUUAUUCGGAAAACACGAACAGCCUCUGCAACAUUGGUUUACGGAAAAUUUUGAUUGGAAGCGUCUCUUGGGGUAUUGUUGACUGUUAUCAUGCUCCUAUUUAUAUGAGUACACCCCGUGGUUUCUUUGUAAACUAGACUGACUCUUGGUAAUUCAUCUGCUUCUUGAGUCAAAAGUUCGACGACGGGGUUUCUAUAGGUGAUUUGUUCUGGAACUAAACUAAAACCCCCUUUCUUUCUAGCGUAGAAUCGUCGCUCGAGUCCACAGAUAAUAAUGGCGAAAAGGAAUUUUCGCCGAUUUCUGCUCGAAGCCCUUCCUCUUCAACCACGCAUGACACAUUGCUAUUUAAAACAGGGAGAUAAGAAUACAAAAUCCUACUGAUUGCAGUACAGAAAUUAAUUACAGUUCACCAGGCUAGAGGGACAUUUAUUUUUAUUUGGUCUUCAUAACAAUAAAACACAGAACAUGGUGAAUGAUCAUUAAGGGAUUUCAGAUUGCAGAGGUAAAAAUAUUAAAAAAUAUAUCUUGCAUAUAAUGCAAAUUAUUUUUUUCUGAAGUGUAUGAUUGCUUGUGAGCAGCUAUAGAAGUGUAGGGGCCCAACUCUAAAAUAACACGUGUUCUUCAGGAUGCAUGUGUCAAGGGGGAAUGUAUGAUUCGUAGUAAUGCAUUUACGCAGAAGAUGUUUGUUAAACAAUUACUUUGCACGCUGAGUCUUAUAAACUAGACAUUCUUUUAAAUCGGGUCACUGAUAUAAAAAAAGUCCGGUGAAAUAUUUUUAACAGCUUUUAUUAUAUUUCAAGAGGGGAAAAUCAUCAAACUACGCACAUAUGCUAAAUGAAGAGGACAAUAACAAUUACAGCAGACAGUGCCCAGGACCCAAAAGGCUUGGAGUUACUUUCCUGGCAUCAGAAUGGGGAUCAAGCAAAGGAGGCCUCUCCACCUUAAACAGGGAAUUGGCAAUAAACAUCGCAAAGGACCCAAGAAUUAAGGUCAGUUACUUUGUUCCAAGUUGCAAUGACGAGGACAAGACAGCAGCUCAUAGUCAUAAAAUAGAACUUAUAAAGGCAGCAAGGCGGCCCGGCUUAGAUGAGCUGGAAUGGCUUAACUUUCCACCAAAGGAUUUGCAAAUUGACGUAGUAGUUGGACAUGGUGUUAAACUUGGCCAUCAGGCACAAAUUAUCAGGGAGUCCCACGAAUGUAAAUGGAUUCAGGUUGUCCAUACAGACCCUGAGGAACUAGGGAUAUAUAAAGAAUAUCCCAAUCCAAUUUCGAAUGCUCAGAAAAAGCAUAAAACAGAGGUAGAACUUUGCGAACUAGCUGACUUCGUUGUACCAGUUGGCCCCAAAUUGUACAAAGCGUUUCAUUCUUAUCUCGCCUCGUGUAAGAAAGAGCAAUGUUUCUUCCAAUUUACUCCUGGAAUUCUAACAGAAUUCUCUGAAUUGAAACAAAGUCCAGAAAAACGAGAAGUUUGUAAAGUAUUGUGUUUUGGUCGUGGAGAUUCGGAGGACUUUAAAUUAAAAGGAUUCGAUAUAGCAGCUCGAGCUGUGGCUAAGCUGAGUCAUUGUAUUCUGUUAUUUGUUGGUGCUGCGGAGGACAAACUCGAAGAGACACGAACACGUUUCCUCGAUUUUGAUAUCCCUCCCAAUCAGCUAAAGGUGCGAGCGUUUUUGGAUAGCCGGGAAGAUUUGGAAAAGGUAUUUUGCGAAGCAGACCUUGUUGUUAUGCCCUCGAGAACUGAAGGCUUUGGUUUAACGGGUCUUGAGGCCUUGUCAGCCGGUCUGCCUAUUCUUGUGAGUCGAAAAUCAGGAUUUGCAGAAGCUUUGUUGGAAAUACCAUUUGGCCGGCAUUUUGUGGUUGAUUCAGAUGAUCAAGAUCAGUGGGCCAAAGCAAUUGGGGACGUCUGCAACAACGACAGAAGCAGACGACUUGAAGAGUGUGAAACACUGCGAGACUCCUACCAGAAAAAGUACAGUUGGAAAAAACAGUGUGAAUCUCUCAUUGACAAAAUGAUCAGCAUCACUCUUAACGGUAUGGAUGUAAGCUUAGCUGAGAUGAUCCAAUGCUAUGCCAAAAGGCAUUCCGGCGCACUGUGGUCAUAAGUCUCCCAAUUAGUUUAACCAAAACAGCCAGGAAUAUUUUAAUUAACUUUGAGGCAUCUUUCUCCUUUCCCUAUAAAAAUUUAAAGACCAUUUAUACUCUUGGGUAGAGAUAGCCAUUAUCAGGGUUAAUUUUCCCUAACAAAAAAGUAACACACUGCAAUGUGAAAGAUUGAUUUGUGGCACAUAGAGAUGUAUGAAACCUUUAUGGGCUCGUUUAGCAAAUUAUUUGUCAGCGGCCACUUAAACCCCAAACCUCUAAAUCGUUGCAUAGCUAAUAAAAUAAUUAAAAUGUCGCAUAUUCUUCAAAUAGACAAACCCGAAGAUUGUGGGUGUGCAUCAGAAAAGUCCACAUUGCCUCACCAGACGGAAGUCAGUAACGGCCUUUGUUCAGGUACCAUACUCUUUAAGUGCCCCAUUUUUGAAAACUAUAAAUACAUAAUAAUUAUAAUAACAAUAAUGAUGAUAGUAAUAAAAUACUUGUAAUAACUCAUACUCUGGAGACUGGUAUCUAGUAUUAAAUUCUGACUUAUCAGAUUGAAGCAUUGAAGUGUCGAAGAGAGAAAUUGGGGAAAUUGAUUAAAUUUUGGUUCGAAGAGUGGCACUGAAAUUUUACUCCAAAUUCAUAUCACUGAUAUACCAGCAAAAUCCCUCUUCAACCAAAUAAUUAUUGGUCCGAUUUCACAUACACGUUUGUUAUACAAUACCAUCGGUACGCCGUGUAUUCCAUGUAAUAUAAAGAGUAAAAUUUCAGAAUUUUCCACGGGAAUGCCCAGUGGUUCUAAUUUAUCCUAUGCCACAUAUUACCGGAGAUUAUCGAAUGAUCUCAAUGGUUUCUUCAAAAGGGUUAGUACAAAGUAAUAAAUAAAAUGGAUAUGUUCAAAAUUAUAAAAGUACAACCGUUUGGUUGUAAAAUUCUCGCAAUUUCUUUCUCUGUCGUUACCUUUCAUUUCUUUUCUUGUUGCCUUUAAACGUCUUUGUGUCGCAGGAAUUCCAGACUUUCGAUAGGUAAUAAGUAGGUCUCUAUUCUCUUUCGUCUGCUUUCCUCAGUUCUUUAUGGGUAGAGUCUGGCAACAGAGAAAUAAUAUUUGAUGCGGAGGUGCCAUUCUCUGUUCACUAAUAAUUUUAGACUUUCGAUAGGUAAUGAGUAGGUCUCUAUUCUCUUUCGUCUGCUUUCCUCAGUUCUUUAUGGGUAGAGUCUGGCAACAGAGAAAUAGUAUUUGAUGCGGAGGUGCCAUUCUCUGUUCACUAAUAAUUUUCUGUUAUUUGUUUUCUAUAAAAUAUGUAGUGUGCCACAGCCUCCCGGCGAGUCCGCUUUUCAUAAUUUAUUUAAAAGGAAAGUGAUAUUUUUUUAAGUAGCAACGUUCUAAUUGUGUUUUCGCCUGGCUUUUUGGAAGUCAGUGCACAUUUAGCUCCAGGUAGAUUGCCCAUCCACAUAAGACUUAGAUGCGCUACAUUUCAAGAGGCAGAGAGCAAAGAUGCUGCGCAACAAGAAGAAGCCAAACAUCUCCUGAUGUGUGAGAUGACAAAACACUUUCUCGAGAUACAUGCAGCUAAAGUCCCUUCUGAAAAAUUCAAUCAGUCUCUCUCUUACUACCUACAAGGAGUACACGACACGAUAAUAAGAGAAGCAGGCGAGGGGAGCUUGCGAAUUGUAGUCGAAUGUAGGACAUUGGAAAUUCUUGAGCGUCUGUGGGAUGACUAUAAUUCCGGUCACCUGAAUGAAGUAGCGGAAGAACGCCUUUUAACGGAUGAGAUAAAGAAAAAAUAUGAAGUGGAAUCAAUAGAACUGGAAACGACCAUUACUAUGGAGAACUACCUGGCUUGCAAACUGUCAUUGACAGGUACUUCAUCUUAUAGUUAAAACUCCCCAAGAAGACAGGUUUUAAGGUUUAAUGCACUUAGGGCUUAGGAAAAUGACUGUCAAAAAGAGGGUAAUCAGUGUAAUACGGCACAGCGCUUCUGAAUGGCGGGUGGGAUUGUUAUCUGUAUAUAAAUUUUUUGUUUGUUACUAUCUUGCCAGCAAAACAAACCAACCUGUCAAUAGGAACGUGAGAAAUCUUACGAGCAAAGCAGUUAGUUCAAUGGAAAGUAAGGGAUCGAGCAAAAUGGCCUUGGUGCAACUUUAAACUGAAAAAAAUAAUCUCACCAAAAUUUUUCAAAGCUCAUCCUUUACGGGUGCACCCUUAUUUACCAUCUAAUACUCCGGUACAUUGUUACCAGAAAAAAAAUAUUAUCAUGUAUACCCAUGGAUACUCAAAAUCAACGAUUUUAUCACAGUUCUACCGACAUUUAUCUGUCUGAAACGAACAAAAAAGACAAAACAAAAAGCAGACGAACGAGGCGACAGAAAUAAAACAGAAAAAAAUGAAGAUGAAUUAAAAACUUAGGAAUGGUUAUUAAACGAGAACAAAGUUGCUGUUUUUGUAUACUUGAUGAGGAAGUUUUAACCCUUAGUAAUUCUCCUUACUACCAUACAAUUCUUUGAUGUUUUCAGAGAAAAAAUUAAAUAAUUGAUAGAUUCUCAUUCCCUGCUUGAUAUUGUAUUCAAUUGUAAGGGAAAAUGUCUUGGUCACUUGUGGGAGUUUUAAGAAAUGAGUUUCUUGCCCUCUGGGAGAGGUCCGCUAAAGUAGGAAAUGUCUCAGUUUGAGUUUUGCGAAAUGAACUUGCCUUCUGGUCAAGAUUCGGGGGUUGAGGUUCCCGAGUCGCGAGUAGAGGUCGCGAGUAAAGUUUCCUCAAAAUUAUCAGACCCAAAUAUGAAGCUCAAAUCGUUCACCGAAAAAAAAGCAAAAAAGUAUAAAAAAAAAAUCGAGGAUCAGCAUUACCAUGUCCUUGGGAGUGUCCAUAAUUGUAAGAUUUCCCAAAAAUAUCGUUGUUAAGGGAGGAGAAAUAUAUUAUAGUUUCAUGUUAUGUUACGGUUUCAUGUUAAUUCUUGCUGUUGUUAUUUUCUUUGACGCCAUCGACUAGAUCUGAAUCGUGAUUCAACAGUUGCAGAAAAUCUAACUGACCGAGCGAAUGGACAAGCUUUAGUCGCUCAGGACGAAGAACAACGUGAACUCUCCACAGUGCACUUUGCGUUAAAUUGUAAGUGAAAACAUCAACAAUUCAAAUAUACAUAUAAUUAUAGAAUUUUUCUUUGGGCGCUCAUCUAAAAUGAUAGCAUAGCAUCUAUUAGAAAUCAUUAAAAAUUUUCAUUUCAUGUAAAGGUUUUGACAAUUUUAUGGUAGAUUCAUGUUUGAAUAGAACUUAUAGUUCUAAAAUGAGCUUGUUUAACUCUAACAAAAACCUGCUCUUCUUUAUUGUACGGCAAACUAUGAGUGAUGAUUAUUAAUUGUGUAUUUUAGUUUAAUUGUGCAGUAAUUAAAAACUGAAAGCCGAAAGGAUAUUGAUUCUUUUUCCGAAGGUUAUGAUUUGCAUGAAUCUUAAGAUAGGAAUGUUGAUUUUCUUUUCACAUACAUCGCCCUUUGAUAACAACGUAGACAACGAUUUUUCAGCAAGCCCAAAUGAAUUACAUACAAAUCAAGAGAAAGGAAGCCUGCGUCUGGUGUCUGAAAUGUUAUCUGAGGAAAAGACUUCUCAAAGUUCUUUUAUGGAACUACCCCACCUACCAGAACCAACAAAAGAGCGUGACAACAGUUUACGAUUUUCCGUCGAAUGUCGGGAUCUGGAAAGUCUUGAAUGUCUGUGGUCUGACUAUCGCUCCGGUCGUCUAGAUUGGAUUGCCGAAAAAUUUCUUCUGACAGAUGACAUCAAAAAGAGAUUUCAUGUGGAGUCUGUCACUUUAGAAACAAGCAUACUGGAAGAGGACUAUUUGGCGUGUAAAAAGCAUCUUUUAAAAAAUUCUCGUAAGUUGGUAACAAUACUUGCUAAAGGGAUAUUUGAAGUCCUGGGUCAAGGUGUACGAAGACCGAUUAGCGCUAACCCAUGAUCAAAUUUUAAUCCGAGUUCCUUUGUUCCUUUGUUCAAAAGCCCUUUUAGAACAUUUUUUUUCUAUUCUUCUUAGAGCGUCCAAUCAUCAAAUUGGUUAUUCUGAAUUUCCUAUUAAAACUUUCCGAUCUGAAAUUAGAUUUCACACUAAUCCUGGGUUAUCUUAAUCCACUUAAGAUGUCUUAGUAUGUAAUUGCUUACUUUAUUUCUCACGCAAUUCCUCAGAAAACAGCGGAAACUCGCUUAUGGGAGAUGGUGAUGACACUGAAAUCCUGGUUACUGAAAGGGCUAUUCAAACAGCAAACACCGAUGAUCUUGGUAUUCAAACAUCCAUAGGAGCUGUUUCCCAACUGGUUGAUCAAGGCAAGAAAGUUAUACCAGUCGAAGGAAAAAAUGAGACUACAAAAGAACAACAGAUAAUUGCAGGAAAAAUUAUAGGUACAAAUGAUUUAACCACUUACAACGUUAUUUUUAUUAUUAUUCUCAAUUAUCAUCGUCAUUAUUUCAUAAAAAUAACAAUGGUAUGGGACUAACUAACAAAAUUUAGAUAUCGAUACCAUGUCCCAUUCAAUUGUCCUACUCGUUUCGUUGAGUGGAAUUUGCUUUAGAGAUAAGUUAAACAAGUUUACUUUAUUACUCACGCAAUUCCUCAGAAAACAACGGCAACUCGCUGAUGGGAGAUGGUGAUGACACUGAAAUCCUGGUUACUGAAGGGGUUUUUCAAACAGCAAACACCGGUGAUGUUGGUAUUCAAACAUCUACAGAAGCGAUAUCCCAACUGCCUGAUCAAAUCAAGGCUGUUAUAUUAGUCGAGGAAAAAAAAUGAUACUAUAGAAGAACAAGAGAUAAUUGCAGGAAUAUCGCUUCCAGAUCUUCUAUCCUCUAAUGUUUUGAACCUUUUUGUCCAUUUCCCGAAUAUUUACCCUCCACAAGAAUGGCUCGCUAUGUUUCCAUGUAUCUGUAUUAUGAUAUAAAACAAUACUAAAGGAGAUUACAUCGGAAGACUUGGUAAAUUUUUCUCUUUUGGUUCAUCUUCUUAGGGCGUGAAAGAUAUACCCCCUUAGACAGUGGGUACUUAAGUUAUCACAGGAGGAACCUAAAAACUAAAAUUGGAAGUGGCUGCGUUAUUCCCGAAACAAACAGGUAUGAAGCGUGGUUAAGCUUUCAGUCCAGAGCUUGAAUCCAAGUUCCUUGCUCAGAUUCAAAUAUUUUGCAAGAUAGAAUUUGAAAUUAAAAAAAACCGGUCAAAAUUACGUCGCUUGAGACAAGACUAGAGAUCCACCCCGCUUGUAAAAAAGGUCAAAACUCUGUGGCCACUAUUAAAACUGGAACGACACUUUCGAAACUACUGUCAUUCAAGUGAAAGAUGUAAGAUGUAAGGAAAUACUAGAAAUACCGUUUAACAAGGUGGAAAAGCACGUGAGUGACGUCAAUAACUCGACAAUUUCUUGUUAGUAAUUUUCUGUUCAUAAAAGCUUGUGAUGAGGUUUGAUGAAGUCAUUGUUAUUUUUUGAGGUUUUUUGAGGUUUCGCUCCGCAGUUAUUCACAUAGACUAUAUACCGCGAUACCACGGUGUAUGAAGAGGAGAAGAAGACUAUUACCACAACCUCAUGCAGGUACGUGCUCUGUUACUACUGCCCUGCCUCUUUACGCAAGCUUAUCGACAACAGAAGGUAUAUGAAUGCCUAAGGUGUCUGAUUGUUGUUUUCCUUUCAAUUAGAUUAAAUAAACAAAUAGAUGGAUAUAGAUUGCUCGUCUGCAGUGCAUCUUAAAUUUCUUCAUUCUUUGUGAUUCUAGCUACGUUGCUUGUCUCAGGAGAGGUUAAUCUAACAAAGAUAUGGUUAAUUAGCGCAUAAAAAUACUUUUUGAAUACCUAGAUUAUCUUCCAACAUUCUAUCUGACAAGAGGGCACUCUUCUGAAAUUUGAUGACAAGAUUUAGUACAGUUCUUGGGACUUCACACCCUCGUUUACGAGAUUACACCUGUAAUAUUAAUGAGGUCAAAAAAAAGGGGAAAAUAAUUUUACAAAGUUUCUAACUCACAGUUUGAGUUCAAAGAAAGUCCUAUCUAGAGCUGUUCUCAGCUAUCUAGGCCUUUCGUAAAUUUAAGGCUACCAACAACUUAUCAGGACGGGAAGCUGGAGCCCAAUUCAGUUAACUAUUCUACCUCGCUGAGUCGAAAUUGGGUCCUUUUGUAAUAGAGGCACUGACAGAUAUCAACUUUAAUUAUCAUGGUAAAUGAUCUUUUUUAACAGGGCAAGAAGAAGAAGAAUUUAUCAGGUCCCAUGUCCGUUGUAAUAGACAUUUAGCGAGGUAUGUUCGUUACUAUAGGACCCGUAUAAGGGUUGCCUUUUCCGUUAAUCCUUUAGGCAAGCUUAUUCAUAAAAAAGAAACUCCAAUGUGUAAUGGUAUUACCCUUAGUGCUUGGCAAAAAAUUUUUAAGCAAUAGAGCUAACUGAAAAAAAUUUGGAAGUAGGUUUUUAAUUUGAAUCUCUUAAAAGUAGCCAAUCCUACUAUUGAUUUUAGUUGAUUUUUGUAAACUCUUCUCAGCGGCGUGAACACCCGUUGCAUCGAAGAUAUCCGUCUAUUUGUGAAUAACUAUUCUGAUGUGAACUUGUUUCUGACUGUUUAGUUACAGUUCUGGUAUGCAUGACAAACUUUUUCUCACAAAGAGCUGCAUAUCACGACGGAAAGAACUGACAUUGAUAAUGAAAGCAAUACUACGAAAACUAAGUGGUCAAAUAGAGGCAGUUGCCAUUUCAGGACAUGUCUGAGUGUUUUUUUCUCCGUAAUUGUUACAAGUUCCCUCUUUUCCUCCCUACAAAUUGAAAUGUUUCUUUUUGACAAAUACAUAAUGAAUUUUCAUGAACACGCGUGUUCUUGCUCUGAUUCAAACGCUUUACUUGGCGAGUAUAUUUACAUUAUUGGCAAAGCGUGUGGUCAGGAUGGCUGGGUAUUGACCAAGGUCUUUUUUUAAGGACCGAAAAGAAGUCGAGGUCAAUAAAAACGCAAAAAGGAAGAGGCCAAUAUCUAACCAUCUUAACCAAACCAGCUUGGUUAAUAAACGAUUUAGUAAAUAGCAAAAAGAUAAAGCUUUAUUAAGAAUCAAGAAUGACUUAUUUCGAGUGCCAGGAAGGAAAGCCAACUGUGUUUGUAGCACAAUACAUAAACCCUUGAGAUUCGUGUAUGUUUUCUUUAUCUUCACUUCCUUUCGCCGCCUUUUGCAUCUCAGAACAAUUUUUAUAUUGCGCUUGGUGAAAGUAGUUAAUCUUGAGCGGGCAAGAUGGGUCCAUCUUUCCUACUCGAGUAGCCAAUCAGACACAGGUUUCGCUUCAUAUUGCUCACGCGCGCUGCCAGCGAUAUGAUAAACUAAAUCACUAUGAAACGCAAGCCUCUUUACUCUCAAGAACAUAUGUUAAAUUAGGUAUGCUGUAAAUGGUUUAAAGAACAUUGUGGUUCUCAAUUACAAAGGUCCGUGUAGUGUAUUUGCAUGUUAACCAAAAGUAAAAAUCGAAUUCUAACGUUGUAUAACAAGCUAAUACCAUCAUUUUGGUUUGGUUUGCAUUUAUUAAUCAUGUCUGUCUGUAUGUUUGUUGUUUUAUUUAAUCGUAGAAUCGUACCUCCGGUUCAUCAUUCCGAGCAGAUAUUGAAUAGAGAUAAAGAUUCCGCUGCCAGGAUACAAGGUGAAGCUUAUCACAACUAUAAAUUUUAAUUGAUGUUUAGGCGAAGAAUUAUGAGAAUCGCCUCUUCUACCUAGCGUGUACUAUAAUGGGAUCACGAGAAUUAAUCAUAAGUUGCAUGGCGAGCGAUGUCCGGUCAACGUCUGAGGUCUGAAUCAGAUGCGUCUUUCAUAGAAAUAUGACCCUGGAAGAGGUUGCAACGUUUUGAAAAUUGAUAACGGUUCGAGGAAUGUGAAAUUUUUUACAACCAAAUUGAGGGACUUUACUUGUUACGGAGGAUGUUCGGGCAAUAAGAAGCAAGACGACUAGCAUCGCGAUCCACAUUGGAGCCGACUACAUCGUGAGACAAACGAUUAUAUUUUAAUGCAAGUUAUUUUGUUUGGAGUUACACUCAGCUAACACGUAGACUCUUUUUUAACAUCAUUUAAUCAAUAUCUUGUUCGCCCCUCUUGGCAAAUAUAAUAGAAAAUAGAAAAUGUGAGCUUCUUUAUAUUCUUUUAACCUUAACGAUGUAUGAUUUAUGCAAGAUCUACGAGAAGGCAAAGGUUUCUCUGAUGACUUUGACCCCCCUGAAAGUCCACCCUCUAAAGAUGGCCCAAAACGAAGGUAAAAAGUCUACUUUGUCAACAGCUCAUCGGUAAAACAUACCAUACAUAGCAAGAAAAAUUUAUGCAGAAGAUUGCUUUCUGUUUGGCCAUUCAAAUACCCUGAAGCAUUCUUUAAAGUGCUCUGUUUGGUUAAAUUCAGUGUGGCUUUUAGAGUAAACCCACUGCCGACGCUACAGUGGAUAACCAGGUGGCUGUUCAGAAAACACUAUGCUACCCCGAAUAUCACGAUGAUGAUAAUCAAUAAAUAGUCCUAGUACUAUUUACACCGUUAGGUUUGAAUCUUAUUUCCUCCUCCUCCUCCUUCCUAACAAUCUUUGUUAGCCGGAUCAUGUUUAAAGAGAAAAUAAAAUUAAGAAACAGUCGAAGGGAGGAAUGGCUAGAAAACUCACGACUGCUUAUGGCAAGGAGACAAAGGUAAAAAAGUUUACUUUGUCAGCAGCUCAUCGGUAAAACAUGGCAUACACAGCAAGAAAAAUUUCUGUCUGCUGAGGGUUGUUUUCUGUUUAGCCAGUAAAAUACCCUGAAGCAUUCUUUAAAGUGCUCUGUUUGGUUAAAAUCAGUGUGGCUUUUAGAGUAGACCCACUGCCGACGCUUCGGUGGAUAACCAAGUAGCUGGUCGGAGGACGCCAUGCUACCCCGACUAUCACGAUGAUGAUAAUCAAUAAAUAGUAUUAACUCUAUCUUCACCAUUAGGUUUGGAUCUUAUUUCCUCUAUUUCUCAUCUUUGUUAGCUCGAGGAGGUUUGAACGGAGAAUAAUUGUAAGAGGGAGGCCAAUGGAGGCAUCGCUAGGAAAAACACAAGAGUCAGUGUCCAUUCCUAGAUUUAAAGGUACACUCAGUCAAACAUACUUGGUUAACGAUUUUAUUAAUUUAAUUUCCUCGAGACAUAUCAUUUCCUAGAAGUAAAGCCAAAUCAACAUGAUCAAUGCCAUAUACUUCUUACCUCGAAAUUUUUUAAAAAUUUUCUUUUUUCCCAAAAAAAAAGAGAAAAAACACAGGCAACGCUAAAAUGUUCUCAAUCUUGUACAAAUAACCAAUACACACAGUUUUUGUUAAAAAUUUUCAAUUAAAUUGUGUGACCUUUGCUUUUUUGUGGGGGGAAGGGUGGGGGAAGUGUGGUGGAGGGGGUUGGGGUCUCGCGAAUCCUCCAAACUCUUUCCCAUAGAUCCGCUGCUGUCGUUGCAGCCUCUGCUAUGCAUAACCAUCUUCGAUGUUCGUUCUAAAUGAACCGCAAAUAGAAGUUUUACUAGGGUGUAUGAAGAGACAUUUUUAUCACUAGAAAUCCCAAAUUCGUAUCUCUUAUGGUGGAGGCUCGAGCGAUAAGAAGAUAGAAGACUAGUAGCAUGCAGUCGAAACAUCGUGAUCUAUAUAGGAACCGACUACAUCAUGAGACAAACGACUAUAUUUCAAUAUAAAAGUAGAGGCGUGUAAUGGGCCCCGUAUAUUAUUUGGAGUCAACUCGGGUAACACGUUAGCCCUUUUUUAGCAUCAUGUAAUCAAUAUCUUGUUAGCGCCUCGUGAUUAAUAUAAUAGAAAAUAAAGAAUGUGAGCUUCUUUAUAUUACUUUAACCUUAACGAUGUAUGAUUUAUUCAAAAGGUCUACAAGAAGCCAAAGUUCCUUCUGACAUUUUCGACACUCAUAAAGGUCGACUAUGGUCUAAAGAUGGCAAAGACGAAGACAAAAAGUCCAAAUUGUCCACCGCUCAUCGGUAUGAUAAAUUAAAUCACUAUGAAACGCAAGCCUCUACCUACAAGUACAUAUGUUAAAUUAGGUAUUCUGUAGAUGGUUGAAAGAACGUUAUGAUUCUUAAUCCAAAAGGUCCAUGAAAAUUAGGACUCAUUUUAUAUAAGACCAGCGUGCGUAUUGUAGCGGCUUUCCAUACAUCGUGCAGUUGCAAGAAAGUAACCGCGACUAGAAAGUUUGACGUUGAUCGAAUGAUUAAUAAUUGCAUUUAUUAAUCGUGUCUGUCUGUAUGUUUGUUGUUUUAUUUAAUCAUAGUUUGAAGCCUGACUCUUCAAUAUCUACUUGGAAUGAUGUACCAGAUAAUGAAUUUGCAGCUAGGAUGCAAGGUGAAGUUUUUUCAAUCUUCUCUCUUAGAAAUUUCAAAGCUAAUCACAACGGUAAAUUUUAAUUGAUGUUUAGGCGAAGAGUUAAGAGAAUCGCUUCUUUUACCCAGCGUGUACAAUAAUGGGGAUCACGAGAAAUAAACAUACCAUCUUCGAUGUUCGUUCUAAAGGAACCGCAAACAGAAGAUUUCUUAAGGUGUAAGAAGAGACACUUAAAAACUAGAAGUACUUAUUCUUAAGACCCUGGCUAGAGCUACAUUUUAACAACUAGGAAACUACCGCCUUAUCAAUAUUAUGAAGUUAAAUGAAGAUUUGAAGAUAAAGAGAAGCAUUGUCUGCGCUCACAUCGAGGAGCUCUGGUCAAGAAAAACAUCCGUUUAAAGCCGUAAGACCCAUAGGAAAUGUACUUAGGAUUUUGAGAAAACAGAACAGUUGUUCGAACUCCUAAUCAUGAAAUGACAAACUCAAGUCUAAGCUAACAAUUGAGAGAUAAAAAGACAGAUGAAUCGAGACAUUUGUGUAAUAAGAUAGUUGGUGAGUUUGGAGGUUGGUUUGCAGAUUGUUUAAGUGUUAUCCUCGCCGUACUAAUAUCAACUCAAACUGAUGUAGAGUACUGUGUGCUCAAGAGUAUGAGGGUCAAACUAAUAUCUGCGCAUUUGAAUUAUAAUCGAAAGAAGGAAGAACUUGGUUUCUUUUUUCCUCUGAAAGAAGUAGGACCGGACAGUUUUUUAAAAUGACAAUUUCCUUGACAUAACAGGAGGUCCAAAUGGUUCCAUUUUGGUAAAUUUUCUAAGAGUACGGCCUCGGGCCUCAGUAUGAUGAUGACUGCUAAAUAUCAACCUGUCCGAUGGCAGGUGUGGGCUGCAAUUUUGGAGAGAUAAAAAUUAUACAAAGUGGAACCCAAAUCAAUCAACCAUACUACCUUGUUGAAUCGAAAUGAUUUUGGUCCUUUCAUAACAGUUGGAGUGUUUAAACAAGAGGAGGACAGUUGAGAUGUGUCAGGCCGAGGAAAAGAGUUUACCCCAGCAGGGUCUGUUUAUUAUUUUCAGAGUCACUUCUUCUGUGAAUACUUUAAUAAAGUGUAAUCGUAGUCAAGAAGGAAAAGGAAAGGGACGAGUUGAUUUCUAUAGAGGAAUCUCUCUUAUACAACUUGGAAAAAAUAUUCAACACAGAGAUCAAUUGCAAAUGAUUCGAAAUAGGUAGGAGAGUUUUCAAAUAGUCAGAAUAUUUUCAGUGGUGUGCUUUUGAUUGGUGGUCUAUUACUUCCGACAAUGACGUCCGUGUAAAUACUCUGAUUCAAAAUUGAAUUUGACUAUUGGUCGCACUUCUGAUCUGCGGGGGCAUUAAAGUGUGACGGGGGGAAUUGCUGUUGGCGAAGUUGCUUUCGGAACCGUUGGCCAAAUUCAUUGUAAAAUCUUACUUAGCAGCUAACAUGGUUGGGGAAUCAGCGUACGAUGAAGGAUAUUAGAUGUACGUAAUCAUGUAUUUAGAGGGAUGCUUUUCUUUAAUAGAGUAUCAUGGUGAUGGGAUGAAGUGAAAUCUAAAAGAUACUAACACUAUUUAAAAAAUUGAGUGCUCGAGUUAAUGCAGUUGCCAAAUAGGAAAAUGUUUGAGGGUUAUCAAAAUUGCAUAGAACGUUUUAGUUGUGUUUCAAGUGAGCACUUUCCUAAUAGGGCUGGUAAAUUAUGAACCAGCUAGUAUCAUUAUUUGGUUUGUGAUGUUUGUUUCUGAAUUUUGGCUUUUUAUUAUUUUAGGUCCAAGCAAGGGUUCUAACUGAGUUUGAGUUUGAAGCUAUUUCUGACCGCGACCAUGAUCCUUGUUCUGAAGUCAAGUACAUUAAGACAUCCUGUUUGAGUCCCGGUAGGGACUCAACUUAGAAUUUCAAACGGUCGGAGAGUUAAAGAAAACAAAAUAUACAAUUGAACACUUCGCUGAAAAUUCAGAGAAUAAAAGGCAGAUUCAAAAGAUAUUUAGAAGCUACCAGGAAAAAUGUGAGAGGACUGUAUUUCUGUACUUACGAUGACCACGCAGUCCAACGUCAGUCUAUAUUGAAUGAGAAUAGGAAGGACUGCAGAGUGCAAAGUCAAGCCAAAAAAUCAAAGAGAUAUUUGUACAGAUGUAAUUUUCUUGAAUGUCUUUGAAAGAAAUGCAACCCGAUAACCUAUUUUUAAAAAUUUUGCAUCGAUGCAACCACUGAUUUUGUAAGAUGAUUCUCUAAUUUAAAGAACAAAUUAAAUGUAGUGAUGGCACAAAUGCCAUGCAAGGGUACAAAUUGGUGUCUUUUGUUUUUCAAGUGAAAUGAUAUAAAUAUGACACUUCGAGGAACAGUGAUCCAGCGCGCAGAGCAAACUUCAUUAUUUUGAUCUUUUAAAAGAGAAAAUAAGCGAUCACCCUUUUCCUGAAAAGGUUUUCUAUAAUCAAGCUCGCUAUAUAUUUUAUUUAUCAUCCUCAGGGUAAACCAACACCAUUUAUGGGAAAAUCACUAAGAGAACCGAACAUUAGGGAUAUGGAUAUGGAUUAUCAUCAUUAUUUCUAUCGUCCUUGUCACCUUUUGGUUAUUUUUAUGAUCAUCAUUGGUCUCAUCAUUAAAAAAAUCAUGAACUAUAAACCUUGCUUGAGAAAGAAGAAACGUGAGUCAUUCCCGGCGAAAAUGGUCGAUAACGCGAAGUACAUGACUUGUUAUAGGUUGUCCCCAGCGCGAGAGACUAUCUUUGAAAAUAAAAAUUUUUACUCACUUAUAAACCGGUACUUUUACAAUCUUAAUUGUAACAAAAUUGCAUCAAAAUUCCUGCGCCCGUUUUCCCUCUUAUUUCUGGCUCAUUGCCGCUUUUUGAAGACAGCAAGAAGAAUUCGUACCACAAAAAUGUUUUGUACUUUCAACGUUAUAAGGAUUAUCGUUUCUGUUAACUCAGUGUUUCAGAACUUCGUUCUUGGUCAGUUUAAGAUGUAUUUAGUUUUCUCAAAAGCGAAAUUUCGUUAAAUUUAAAUAUUGUACUAAUAGUUAUUAUAAUAAAGCUCGGAUAUAACACUUACUGUCAUUGGUUGAAAGAGCGUGCUCUAUGAGAGUAGAGAGCAUAGAACUGAGCUAAAGCUGUCACGCCAUCUGCCAAAUCGUACUAUGUCCGGCCUUUUCCGGGACUUCUUUCUAGCUCAUAUCAAACUUUGCCUAUUGUUAUGGUUGGGAUUUUUUAAUACAAUGGGCCUUUUGUUAUCCAUCCUUAGGGACUUUUCUAUUUAGUAUCACGAGCUUUUACUCAGCUUGAUUCGGAUUCGAAGGGCUAACGCUCGAAACGUCAGCUUUUUUACCCUUUACGGUGGCUAAUUUACGUUUUCAACCCAGUUGUUAACACUAAAUUACCUGCUAUACUCUCCCACCGACACAGCACCACAGUUUCUUUAGAAACUUACCCCUUUAUUGAUUCGGAUUCAUUCGGCAAAUUGUCGGCGAUGACAUUUUUCCCCAGCGGUAGUCUACUUGGGAAAAUUUGAACAGACUAACAGGGGGUUAGUCAGUAAUUGUCCAGGGUAACGAUUGUCAUACAGUGUAUGAAACGAGCGGACCGUUAAUGUAUUUUCUCUUGAAGUAACUUCCUCUGACUUCUUCAGAAGCAAGAUAAGCCGUCAGUAUGAAAUAAAUUGGAAUUCAGCCGCUUGUGACAUAAUAGUUUUUUUUCAGUUCAUGUUUUCACGGCAAGGGGCCGCGAGUAGCUUGGAGUGAUUGAAAAUGCGGUCUAGAGCUUAUAAGCCAGGACAGGACACAGUUAAGCUUUGUUCGCUCAAUAUUUGUUUUCCUUAAGGCCCGUUUACGCAGGCAGGCCUUAAGGACUGAUUGCAGAAGUCUAAAUUGUAUUCUGCUGAAAAUUUCUUCUCGCGUUGUUAAUGUUCAACCACUGGUGCGAUGAGUAUAAAAGAGUAUGCAAGCCAAGAAAACAAAAAGGUGUUAUUUUCGCACCUUUUUACGUUUGACUGAUUUCACUUUUUCCGCUUGAAGUGCGCAGAAACAGCAAACGCAGACAGAAAGGCAAGGUAAAAGGACUUGAGCGGCAGAUUGGCUGAUGCAGUAUGGAAGAUGAGAUAGGUAUAUAAACAGUAGCGUCAGGGUUGAGCAGUUUAUGGCGAUUAGCGGUUUAAAUUUAUAGAGUUUCAUUUUCGCUUGGUCAAUGACGGGUGUUGCGUAGUUGGCCGGCAGCACACUCUGGCACAUUUUUUUGUUGGGACUUCUGUUUGGAAGGCUCCAUACAGCAAGCCAAAAGAAAAAGCGAACAAAAUACCAACCGACAUUAUUGCGUUGUCAAUGAGGAACUCACUAUCGACUUCAAGGUCACAAAUUCUGGUUAUAUUAAAAAAGGCGUUCCCUUGUAGCACCUUAAUAAACCAGUAAAAAACUGAAAGCUCCAACAGAGAAACAAGGAUACAAGUAAACCAUUCAUUCAAUCUUAGUCAGCCUUUGUGCAUUUUGUAAUUAAAUUAGACCUGCGCUUCCUGGUUCACGCUGGUUGUCAUUAAACGCCGCUUGUAAGUGAAGUCUUUGAAUAACAGUGCGCAUAUUAAAACGGUUAGACAUGCGGCCGGAGAACUUGUCCGAUAAACUCGAUUUGGAGAUUCAUUGGCUCGCGAGUCAUGCAGACCAAGCUCAUCCGAUUUCUGGAAUUACUGUGGUUCGUAGGGUGAUCAAUGGCCAAGCAAGAACAUUUUAUGGUGAGGCUAAGAUCCUCUUCUUGAACAUACAAACUGCCGUCUUUCGCGCAUUUAGCACGUACCAACGUUAUGUGAUUAUUUUUUUCUCAGUUUUUAGGCCCUCGAGACAGGACCAUGCCUAUUGUCAAAGGGUUCCGAGACCAAGCGAUCCUCCGCAAGGUCCGAAUCCUCCAAAUGGCGUUCUGCCAUUAACCUAGAACGCCUAUCGAUUGUCCAGUGAUGAAAUAUAUAGAAAAGCCAAGUUGAUUCUUGCACUGAUGAUUGGUCUUGUGCUUCUGAGGACAACAACGGAAAUUUUUACGAAUAACCAAAUUUCACCUGAAUAUUGAAAAGGGUUUUUCUAUUUGGUCCCAAUAUCUUUCCUUGGAUCGAUUUCCGCCACUCUCUCGGGUCUGAAUAGACCGAAUAGCGUGGACUAUUUUCUAAUCAAAUUAGAUUCAGCCCCAGGUUUCCAACUAACCACACAGUGAAUCUCGUGUGGAUGUUAUAAUGAAAAGAGAGAAAUAGGAAAUAAGAGAAAAUAAGAAAUAAGACUGUUCGCAGCCUGCAUUUUUUAACGCGAAAGAACGCGCGCGAGAAAAAAACAGCGAGCAGAGCGAAGCACUUGGGGGUGGAGGCGGGGAGCGAUUUAUUCUUUGCGUUCGGCUUUUGUCAUACCGCGCGCGCAUGUUUCGGCCUUACUCAGCCUAAUUGUACUUUAGUUUUAUUUUACUCGUCAAAAUAAAAUUGAUACUUAGAAUAUAACUUGUUGUACUAUCCGUUAGAUUUUUGUUUGUGAUGUUUUCUGAUGUUUAGCGAGCAAGCGGCAACGAGUAGCUGCAAGCGAUAAAAAUGGGCGGCUGGUAGGCAUCAUCUCAGUUUUAUAGCUUUAUACGCUAUGCUUCUUUAAAAAGUGACUUAAAUUUAAGUUUAAAUUUACUUCGUGCAUGGCUUAAUAAUUAUUUAACUAAUUGCGCCUGUAUCGACGAAAACGAUAUGCGAAAACAGAACUGUUGUCGAUUGGCAAGAGGACAAGUUUGUCUUUUGCACCUUCCCACGUUUAAAUGAUUAUUGUUCCACUGCUAAAAAAAAAACCAAUUAAAAUAAGAUAAGAAAAAAUAUUAAGACAUAUUGCAAUGAAGACACCGCUCGAUGUCGAGAGUGUGUAGAAAGGCGGGUUGGUUUUGGUUUUCUUAGACUAUUGUCAGGCUGGCGUUUUUGUUUUUUGGUCUAUUGAAGCAAAUAAACCUCGCUGUUGAAGGCAAAACAAUAGGUGCGAUUUUCGUACCUUUUUCCGUUUCAGUGACUUUAUUCUCCGGUUGGCCACAAGUUCUUAAACAAAAAAACGUAAACGCAAGUCAUAAUCACUUUAGAUUAUCCCUUACUGAGAGAAUAGCUAAGAACAUGAGCAAGUUUUACGAAGUCUCGAAAGUGCUCGAUAAGCGUACAGACGCCCACGGUCGCGUUCAGUACCUCGUCCGCUGGCGUGACAAUGGAAAGAAGAACGACAGCUGGGUGGAUGAAGCCGACACAAACGAGCGCCUUAAACAAGUGUUUAGGACACGCCACCAAGGAACUCCGGGCUUGCUGCAGACCUUAGCUGUGUUAGUGGCAGAAAAGCUGAACAUGAAGAAACCGCCAACAACCAGCAUCGUGAGACGUUCGUCUGUCACCAUGCCGAUGGAUGCCGAGACCUUUAAAGAGUUGUUCGGUGGUCUUCCUUCCGCGCCAAAUCUUUUGCAAGCGACAAAGUUUUCUGUGCCCAUUCACGAGCUUGACGCCAUAAUGCCUGCCGGAUGGUCACUAAAUACUUUCAAAACCUCCACGACUUUUCGGUUGCAGCCCGGCAAGCCCGUCGAGAUUGCUCUCGUAGAGCGCAAGAAAGUGUUUUUUGAUUAUUCGGGGUGUUUGCGCUGUCAAGGCGGGAAUGGAGCCCCCGUCGCUUGUAAAGACGUGGUGCGGAAAGUAGUAUUCGGUUCAACCCUUCUAAAGAUCUCGUUCUACCGUGAGCGGAACAAGCAAGCCGAGCGAAAGCCCAAGGAGCGCACGAGACUGACCUGGGCGAAACCAAGAUCAGUCGCCAAGUAGAAAACAGUGACUUACCGCUGGGUAGUCACUUCAACAAACGGCUCCUUUAGGAGCCACCAAAUAUAAGAAAGCAAUGACCAACUCGAAUGUGUGGUACUCUUUUAUUUCCCUUAUCUAGCCCUUUUUUGCAUUCAUUCUUUGCCUAAAAAUGAUCUGUAUUAAAGCCACUUCAAUUUGAAUCGAAAGUUCGCCUACGCCUCACUCUCAGAUCGCGCUGAUUCUGUGCAUCCCUGUAUAUCACUGAAAUAACCUAAAAUAACCUUUAUUCGAGGAACUUUUUAUCCAUUCGCUCGUCUGAACUAGCCUCGCGUUUUGUUGAGAUUGCUAAUGAGCUUUAAACCUGCUAGCGUGUCCUGUAAAAUGUCCUUUUCAUUUUUGCCCUAAAAUUAUGUAACACCGGAACGGGGUAAUUUGACAUCGAUACCAGUAACUUCUUGUGUGGUGUCAGUGUCAAAAGCGUGGUCCGUUCAUCGAUCAUGGAGAAAGCAGGGCACGAGGCAUGGUAAGUGAGAAGUAAAUGCACUCGUAUUAAGUACUUCUGCCUGCGACUUAUCUGAGUUUGUAAACACGAAAGUAUUUCUUAGUCGAUCAACACAUCAAGAUGUUAAAAACUGCCAUCACGGUGCCGAUUCUUUUGCUGGUUCGCCUCCCAUCCGCCGCAAAUCGGAGCUUAAUUUUAGAACCAUCUUUCUUGAUGGCCUCUUUGACUUCGGGUAGAGUGAUUAAAUAUUCCAGAACAUCGCAAACACUUCUACGGGCACCAUCACCUUGCUUGGCCUGCAUUAAUUCAAAACCCCAAAAAAGUAAUUAAUAAGUAUUUGACACAAUCAGAAAAAAUUGUUACAACAUCAUAAGAGACUAAUCUCAUACCACCAAAGAUUAAACAUAGGCUUAGUUAAAUAUGGUUUAAAAUUGUUUUCUUUGGCAAAUGUGCUGACUGAAUGUUUUUCACUUUCAGCAAAGCUUUUUGCCCUCACUGAAAGUCAAUGCUUGUUGCCAUAGCACCUUUGACACACACAAAUGAUCAAAAUAAAAAAUCUUGGAUUGUUGUUGAUAAAUCAGCGUGAAUGCCAGGAACACAAACCCUUAUGCAUAAGAAAUUAUAUGGCUUCCGCUUGUCAUCCUGUUAAACUUACUGUGGGGAGCCACCUCCAUCGUACUUUAAAAAGCUAUAACUGCCUCGAGUGUAAUAUAAGUUUACCAACAAAAUAAUUUACCUCUGGAAUUGGAAUUACUUCGAUUUCCUUAUUUUGUGUCCUCCUUUCCUGCAAUAUUGUUGACAGUGGCGGGACGUGACUUCGGACACUUUCGGGGAGCGCCAUCCUCAGUUCAUGGUAGGCUUUAUCGCUCACAAGCCCCUCAUCCUUCGCCGCCAAAAUCCUUUAGACAACCUCGUGAGAGUAACCCUCGUCUUCGUGGUCAUGUUGGCCGUCGGAAAGUGGGAUCACCAGUUCCCGGCCGCUUACGUCAAAUUUAAUCUGUGCGAAAAAAGAACAGAACAUCUAAAUGCGAAGCCUGUUUGUACAGACGUCUCUAAUUUUUUUUGGUUCCUGGGUUGCAGGGUUGGAAGAAAACGGAGACGUCUUCGCGCUGGAAUAAGUUUAUGUUAAGGCCUAUGUACACGGCACGACUUUGUCGCAUGCGACAAGCUUACUACAGACCUACGACAUGACUUAAGAGUCGUAAGCGAGUUGUAGGUUUGAUUUACACGAAACAAUUCGUGUCGUAAGCCUGCCGUAAGCUUGUCGCAUGCGACAAAGUCGUACCGUGUAAAUAGGCCCUUAUAAUCAACACAAAAAUCACAAAAUAAAUGAAAUUAUUAAGUUUAAACAAGCAGUAUCUUAGGUCCUCAAGAAGAAAUAAGUGGUGGCGAGCAGGAAUCCAAGUGUUUUUUCCGAAGUUUUUAACCAUCCAGUUAGAAAUAUACAGCGCCGUUUUGUUGUCAGUACGUGUACCGAGAUGCCGCCAUGUUUUCAGCGGUUUCUUCUAAAAGUCAUACCGUGGGCACACUACAUACGUCACGUCCAAAAAUUUUUUUGCGAUGAGCAAAAAAAAAAAUGAGCAAUUCAAGGCUUGGAUUACAGCUAAAAUAAAUUUUGCCUUAAAAUAACCAGAAGUCGGUGUCUAUUUGCAGUAAGCCCUGGUAAGUCCCUAAAGGUACUGAGCACCUGCCUACACUAUGCAUGUUCAAUGAAGAGUUUAUAUUUCAGAAAAAUAAAAAGUAAAUUUUUCGACUGGCUUAUAAUAUUUCAGCGCUAUCACACAGAUUGCUUAUGACACUGAAUAAACAUUGUUAAUGAAAAGAUUUAUCAUCCGUUCUCGUUGAGCCAUUAGACGCAUGAGGUCUUAAUAAAAAGAUUGACCAAUGUGAAACUAGGGGUGACGAAUGGUGAAUGCAACGUUUUUCUCUUAGAUCGAGGCUGUUUUCAACCUUUGAUUUGCGAUUUUCUCCCCAGCAUGAUCAUGUAAGCUUAAAGAUAUGAGACUGCGAGACGUUCAGAACCGCCGAAAAAAAUACAUUGCGAGCCCGCAAAAUUUGACCAAAUUUUUGCGAGACCUUCAAAGACCAUUCACCACCCCUAAAAACUUAGUGAUAAAGAAAAAUUCUUAAUGAUACGUACCUCAAUCGGUUUGAAUUCCGCUGGUAAAAUCUCUGGCAUUUCGGAGGUACUCUCUGAUUUUUUUCCUCUUCAUAGACCGCGAAGACUUAUCUACGUCCCAAUAGUUUUUUCGGCUAACGUUAAACUUCACAGCGUUCUUUACAGGGUCCAUUGCUAGGCGACUUUGGGCAAGCUCAUUUCUUAGAAGCUGGAGUUCCUGGCGAAGCUGAAAAACUUCUGCCCUUCUUUCUGCCAAUUCCGUCGCCUGGUCACUGGCGAUUUCGUGCAAAUGGCGAAUGCGUUGGUCGUACGCCUCAAGAAGGGGCAAAGAGAGGAUAGACUGCUCUACCUCGAAAUGCCUUGGGCCACGUUUGUAGGGGAAGUUUGCUUGCGGCUUGUCUACUUUGAAUUUCGAAAACAUUUUAAGACUUUAAACAACUUUAAACCGAUCUUUUCCGAUGACUAUUUUCAGAUAACUCUUUUCCAAUGACGAGAGCGAAAUGAUUGUUGUCAAUUGCAAGUGGCACGCGCGUCAGUUUUAAAACCCGUCAUUAGCAUAAUAAGGGCAUUCAUGAAAACAAGAGAACAAUUGAUGUCAACUGAGCGCGAAUUUCAAAGACGCUUUCAAAGAUGUUUCGGGACGGAAACAAAGUUUGUUUAAUUGUAUACAUAGGCAAUUCGCACAGUGACUCCCACAACAAUCUGAAUAAAAGUCUAUAUUAGAACCUUUCAAGGCUGCCCAGCCGCUUCUUCAAGCAAGCGCGCUUCUUCACGGAAAGAAAAAAAGUCAUCAAUUAAUGGUUUGUUGACGAUCAAAUCCGCGACAAAGCCCAUAAGACAAUACACAAUACUAUGAAAGCGUUUAAAAAGCUUUGAAUACUUUCAAGGUCUUGAUGCACUGAAAGGGGUUUUAUUAUGACAAUAAACCGCUCUAACAGUAGAUAUUUCAAAUAUAAUUAUUGUGUGUUGGAAAUUUCGCAAUAGUUUCUUCACAAACAUCAAAUAUUUAUCCAAGCCAUGCAUUGUUGAGGUCAUGCUUAGUUAUCGCCGAUAUGUAUGACCCACAGAAAGUAGCAUCAUUUGCCGAUUUUCCUCGGAAAAUGGGUUCAGUCACGAAGUAAGCCCCUCUGACCGGAAACAAUAUUUUCUGUACAUUAUCUCCUGUAUCCUCCUCUGCAACCUAAACAAUUAGGCUGAGUUGAAUGUAUAGUACACACUAAAAUGUAAUCUUGCUCAUAGCUAUUUAAUUGGACGUAACGGGUAACAUUAAUAGUUAAAAGUGUUGAUCCAUUGUAAUUCUUGUUCAGUUAUCUUUAAAGACAUGUGGUGGAUGGGAGAGUGAAAUUCAUAAGUUUGUCGUUGUGCGCACAAAGAGGUAGAUAAAGAAGGAUGCUGAUCAUUUUUCAAGAGCCUGCCAGGGUACAAAACACCCAGACAUCAGAUGGGUAAGGAAAUAAAGUCGUAAACAUGGCUAAAAUUUGCAUGCCAUGGGUCUUAAAGUAAAUAGUCUAUCAGCAGUGAGGGGUGGUUAUCGAACUGAUAACCAUGUGACGUCACAACAUGACGACCAUUACGGAUAUUGAAGAUUUUAGCACCCAAUUCGAAAUGUUCGCUGUUAAUUGAACAUAUUUAUCAAUAAUUAUCCUGGAAAUUAGUGAACAGAUACUGUUCUUCGCCUGUACUCAAGAUGGGGGUUUUCAAGGAGUUAUUGAGGCGAAAUUUUGGGCAGAGAUAUAACAGGGCAGUUGAAAUGACACGUUUGAUUGAGGUACGUUAUUCAUCUUUGCCUCAUAGUUUAGGUUCGUAAAUAAAUUUUUCCGGCGUCUCAAUUAUAGAGCUGAUCUUCAAUCUGUUUCCUUUUGACAAAAAUGUUAUUUAUCGUGUCGCAAACUGCAAGAAAAAAGUACAUUGUGGGGUCUUGAUUUACAUCUAUUUUAGUUGCCAACGGCCAUUUAAUGUUUUUGACGAUGCUUUAAAUCUUUCUUUUUAUUAUUCGAACUAUGAACUCAUAAUGCCAAGAUCAAAAGCUACGGCCAAGCUGGAACCUCAGACCCACGCAUCAGCUGAACGAGGAGGGCUGUAUCGCGACCAAGAUUCCUAUCGGAAAAAAAAGGAAAGAUUUUUAUGAAUUUUAGAAAAAAAAAAAAAACAAUUCAUUGUUACAACAUUUAGUUUUUUCUCCCACCCAGUUUGUUAUUACAAACACUUACGCGCCUGUUACAACUUCCACGAAUUUGAUGAUCUCUGCUUUGUUUUUUGCGCAUCAGAUCUUAAAAAUUAUAUUUGCGAUGGCUUAAUUUCAUUCUAUUAACGUGGGUGGUGCAAAAGUACGUAUUCAUGCCAUCAAAUACUAUAAGAAGUUUGCUUUGCCAAAUAAUGUAUAAUGCUACGCUUUCCUUCUAGCUGUCCCCAUGGAAAGUGUUAGGGAAUCAAAAAAGCAGAAAGAGAUUUUUCCUGAUUCAUAGACGUAUUUUCUGCUAAAAUGUUUGUUCUUGGACCUGGUACAAACUUGUUUCGACCUAAUGGAAACCUCGAGCUCUGAAAGCAGAGUUGGGGGAGGGAGGGAGAGUGCAAAAAUUAUUUAUCGUUGAUUUUGCAUUGUUAUCGAUGUGAGGUAAUAAUUAACUUACCUACAAGGAAACGCGUACAUUCGGUGUGAAUCUUUUCUCUCACCAUUAUUUUCAAUCCUACAUCCUUGCCGUUUUGACAGGAUUGUACUCCACCAAAAAUUAUUGCACAUGUUUCGCUGUGCCGUGGACUGUUCUCCUAUGUCAGUCUAUGGGAAAAUCAAAGAGACAACGUACGCGUCAAUGUAGUUAGGUCAUCAUCUCCUAAGAGUGGACACAACGCCACCUUCAAUAGUUACACAGAAAGGGGCGAAGGAAAAGCCUUAGACUUAAAUUAACUUAAAUUCCUGAGGCCCCCAUUGCAUCUGGCCCCAUUCCCCUCCUUUGGUUGAUUCAUUACCAGUCCCCACUCUGAUGACGUCGGCUAUUUAUAGAUUCAUAAACAUUUCAGAUCAAGGAACACCCAUAGGGUACACAACAAACAAUGGAGGUAAGAAUAUAGGAUGUUGACAGUAGAUGUUGUUUUUACCACUUUUAAGUAGACUCUGUUAGAUGAAAAUGUCAAAAUAUCUUCUGACUGGCCACUUUGUAAGAUAUAAAAAUCUUUUGGAUUUAUGUAUCACUGACUUGUACUUAAGCUAAGGCUGUUAAUCAUUACCUGUCAUUGUCGAAUCUUUUAGUCGGAACCGUUUGCGUAGAAAUGAAGCCUUAGCACAAUCUGCAACCGGGCUUCGUUAACUCCUUGUUUGCCUUUCCGUGUUGCUAGUACAUCUGUUCCUGAACAGAACCCGACUACUGAUUCGUGGUUAAUUCAGGUGUGACGAAGUGACGGCCGAAGCUGAAUCACUAAUUCCAAAACUCAUUGCUUGAUACAUAAUUUAAGGAAUUGUUGCAGGGCGCGGGUCAUUUGGAUCGAACCUAGAUAAUGCUUUAGAAACCGACCUGUGUAACAAAAAAACCAGAAAGGCGGUCAUGUUAGAUUUCGAUUUCUCUCGUUCGCAUGUGCGAGGAUUAGCUUUUCCUAAGACCUCUCGAGCGUACGGCGACAUGCAGAGUUAUAUAAAGUCAAUUAAAGAACUGGUUCUCGCCAAGAAUUUAUAAUCUCUUGUUCUUUUUUGUGCGUAAGUCGAGUUAUGGAUGCACGCAGGAAGUUUGGAGAGCAUGAGCGAAGCGUAAGAGUUGUUCGAGCCUCUGCAACAUUGGUUUAGGGAAAAUUUUGAUUGCAAGCGUCUCUUGUGGUGUUGCAUUGUUUACCGUUAUCAUGCUCUUAAUUGUCUUAGUACACCCUGUGGUUUCUUUGUAAAUUACAAUUAAUUUGGUUAAUUCAUCUGCUACUUUAAACAACAGUUCAACGACGGGGUUUUUGAUAGGCGAUUUGUUCUGGAUUACUAAAAAGCCCCUUUUUCCUGGGGCAGAAUCGUUGCUGGAGUCCUCAGUUAAUAUCGGCGAAGAGAAAUUUUCGCCGAUUUCUGCGACCUCUUCAACCAUGCAUGACACAUUGUCACUCAAAACGGGGAGACAAGAAUGCAAAAUGCUUUUGUAGUAUAGAGAUUAAUUACAGAUUGCUAGGCUAGAGAGACAUUUAUUUUUAUUUGGUCUUCAUAAUAAUAAAACAAAGAACAUGGUAAAUGAUUGAUCAGGGUUUUUAUAUUGCAGGAGUCAAAAUAUUCAACAACAAUUUUACAUAUAAUGUAAUUUUGUAUUUACAAAGGAAAUGUUUGUUAAGCAACUGCUUAGCCCCCUGGGUCUUAUAAAGUAGACAUCCUUUGAAACCAGGCCACUGAUAUGAAGGAAGUCUAGUGAAAUAUUUUUGACAGCUUUUAUUCUAUUUCAAGGACGAAAAAUUAUCAAACUCUGGACAUAUUUUAAAUGAAGAGGACAACAACAAUAACAGCAGAAAAUGCUCAUUACCAAGAAGUCUUAGAGUUACUUUCCUGGCAUCAGAAUGGGGAUCAAGCAAAGGAGGCCUCUCCACCUUAAACAGGGAAUUGGCAAUCAACAUCGCAAAGGACCCAAGAGUUAAGGUCAGUUACUUUGUUCCAAGCUGCAAUGACGAGGACAAGACAGCUGCUCAUAUUCACAGAAUAGAACUUAUAAAGGCAACAAGGCGGCCCGGCUUAGAUGAACUGGAAUGGCUCAACUUUCCACCGAAGGAUUUGCAAAUCGACGUAGUGGUUGGACAUGGUGUUAAACUCGGCCAUCAGGCACAAAUUAUUAGGGAGUCCCACGAGUGUAAAUGGAUUCAGGUUGUCCAUACAGACCCUGAGGAACUAGGGAUAUAUAAAGAGUAUGCUAAUCCAAUUUCAAAUGCUCAGAAAAAGCAUGAAACAGAGGUAGAACUUUGCAAACUAGCUGACUUCGUUGUACCGGUUGGCCCCAAAUUGUGCAAAGCGUUUCAUUCUUAUCUCGCCUCAUGUAAGAAAGAGCAAUGUUUCUUCGAAUUUACUCCUGGAAUUCUAGCAGAAUUCUCUGAAUUAAAGCAAGAUUUAGACAAACGAGAAGUUUGUAAAGUCUUGUGUUUUGGUCGUGGAGAUUCGGAGGACUUUAAAUUAAAAGGAUUCGACAUAGCAGCUCGAGCUGUGGCAAAGCUAAGUCGUUGUAUUCUGUUAUUUGUUGGUGCCGCGAAGGACAAACUCGAAGAGACACAAAAACGUUUCCUCGAUUUUGAUAUCCCUCCCAAUCAGCUUAGGGUGCGACCGUUUUCGGAUAGCCGGGAAGAUUUGAAAAAGGUAUUUUGCGAAGCAGACCUUGUGGUCAUGCCCUCGAGAACUGAAGGCUUUGGGCUAACGGGUCUUGAGGCCUUGUCAGCUGGUCUGCCUACUCUUGUAAGUAGAAAAUCAGGAUUUGGAGAAGCUUUGAUGAAAGUACCAUUCGGCCGGCAUUUUGUGGUUGAUUCAGACGAUCAAGAUCAGUGGGCUAACGCAAUUGAGGGUGUCUGCAACAACGACAGAAGCAGUCGACGUAAAGAGUGUGAAACACUACGAGACUUCUACCAGGAAGAGUACAGUUGGAAAAAACAGUGUGAAUCUCUCAUUGGCAGAAUGAUCAGCAUCGUCCAUAAAGGUAUGGUAUACCAAAAAGCUUUCCGUCGCACUAUAGUCAUAAGCCUCCGAAUUGGUUUUUCAGUUUUUCUUUCGUCUGUCGCUAAAGUGAAUUUUCUUUUCCUCAGAUUUUUUGCCCAAGCUAAAGGACCAAACCAUCGAAGCUUUUCUAGAUUACAGUGGCACCAAAUAGCUAUUAAUAUUUUAGUUAACUUUAAAGCAUCUUUCUCCUUUACCUAAAAAAUUCCCCAUCGCCAUUUAUACUCUUGGGUAGAGAUAGUCAUCAUCAAGAUUACUUUUCCUACACAAAAACUUAACACACUCAAUGCGAAAGAUUUAUUCGUGGCAUCGAGAGAUGUAUGAAACCUUUAUGGGCUCGCUUAGCAAAUCAUGUGACCGCGACUUCUUAAAUCCCAAACCUCUAAAACACUACAUAGCUAAUUAAAUAAUUAAAAUUUCACGUAUUCUUCAUAUAGACAAACCAGAAGAUUGUGGGGGUGCAGCAGAAAAGUCCACAUUGUCACACCAGAGACAAUGUGGACAGAGGCAGACGAAAGUCAGUAACGGCCUUUGUUCAGGUACGAUACUCUAUAAGCACCCCGUUUUUGAAAACUAUAAAUACAUAAUAAUAAUGAUAAUUAUAAUAAUAAUGAUGAAAUAUUUGUAAUAACUGGAGACUGGUAUCUAUUAAAUUCUGACUUAUCAGAUUGAGGCAUUGAAGUGUCUGAGCGAUUGGGGAAAUUUAUUUCGCAGGAAUUCUAGACUAUCGAUAGGUAAUGAGUAGGUCUCUUCCGUCUGCUAUCCUCAGUUCCUUAUGGGUGGAGUCUGGCAACAGAGAGAUGGUAUUUGAGGCGGAGGCGCCAUUCUCACGGGUAGUUUUCUGUCAUUCGUUUUCUAUAAAACAUGUAAUGUGCCACCGCCUCCCGGCGAGUCCGCUUUUCAUAAUAAAAGGAAAGUGAUAUCUUUUUAAGUAGCAAAGUUCUAAUUGUGUUUUCGCCUGGCUUUCUGAAAGUCAGUGCACAUUCAGCUCCAGGUAAAUUGCCCAUUCGCAUAAAACUUAGCUGCGCUACAUUUCAAGAGGCAGAGAGCAAAGAUCCUGCACAACGAGAAGAAGUCAAACGCCUCUUGAUGUGCGAGAUGACAAAACAUUUUAUCGAGAUACAUGCGGCUCAAAUCCCUUCUGAAAAAUUUCAUCAAUCGCUUUGUUACUACCUACAAGGAGUGCACGACUUGAUAAUAAGAGAAGCAGGCGAGGGGAGCUUGCGAAUUGUAGUCGAAUGUAGGACAAUGGAAAUUCUUGAGCGUCUGUGGGAUGACUAUAGUUCCGGUCACCUUAAUGAAGUAGCGAAAGAACGCCUUUUAACGGAUGAGAUAAAGGAGAAAUAUGAAGUGGAAUCAAUAGAACUGGAAACAACCAUUAUCAUGGAGGAUUACCUGGCUUGCAAACUGUCACUAACAGGUAUUUCAUCUUAGAGUUAAAAUCCCUAGAAGACAGGUAUCAAGGCUUAAUUCACAGGAAUAUGACUGUCAAGAAGAGGGUAAUGUGUGAUACGGACCAGCGCUUCCGAAUGGCUGGUGGGAUUGUUAUCUGUACAUAAAUUUUGUAUUUGUUACUAUCCUACCAUAAAUACAGAAGAACCUGUCAUUAAGAACGUUGAGGAGUUUCACGAGCAAAGCGGUGGGUUCAAUGGAACGCAAGGGAUCGAGCAAAAUGGCUUUAAUGCAGCGUUAAACUAAAAAACAAAAUCUCACCAAAAUUUUUUUAAAGCUCAACCUUUACGGGUGGACACUUAUUUAUCACCUACUAUUCCGAUACAUUGUUACCAGAAAAAAAAAUGUUAUCGUGUAUACGCAUGAAUACUCACAAUCAACGAUUUUAUCACAAUUCUACCGACAUUUAUCUGUCUGAAACAAACAAAAAAGACAAAACAAAAAGCAAACAAACAAGGAGACAGAAGGAGAAGGGAAGAAGAUGAAAAUUGACCUAAAAACUUAGGAAUUGUUGUUAAAAGAGAACAAAGUUGUUUUUUUUGGAUAUUUGGCAAGGAAGCCUUAAGAAACCAUGGGGUUUAUAAAAAAAAUAAACAAAGGAGAGGUCGGCUAAAGUAGGAAUCUCAGUAUGGGUUUUGUGAAAUGAGCUCGCCUUCUGGUCAAGGUUCGAGGGUUGAGGUUCCAGAGUUGCGAGUAAAACGUCGAAGAUCGAGAGUGAAAGUUUCCUCAAAAUUAUCAGACCAAAAUUUACAGUUCAAAUCUUACACCGAAAAAAAGCAAAAGAGUGGCAAAAAAUGUUGAGGAUCAGUAUUACCAUGGCCGUUGGAGUGUCCAUGAUCAUAAGAUUUCCCAUAAAUAGUGGUGUUAAGGGAGGAGAAAUAUGAUAUGCUUUCAUGAUAAUUCUUGAUAUUGUUAUUUUCUUAUACGCCAUCGAUCAGAUUUGAAUCGUGAUUCAACAGUUGCAGAAAAUCUAACUGGCCGAAACAAUGCACAACCUCUGGUCGCUCAGGACGAAGAACAACGUGAACUAACAACGGUGCACCUUGCGAUAAAUUGUAAGUGAAAACAUCAACAACUCAAAUGAUAGCAGAGCAUCUACUAGAAAUCAUUAAAAUUUUUUUUGUGAAAGGUUUUAACAGUUUCACUGUAGAUUCGUGUUUGAAUAUAACUUAUAGUUCCAAAAUGAUGUUGUUAAACUCUUCCAAAAACCUGCUGCUUUUUAUUUGUGAUGAUUAUUUAUUGUGUAUUUUAGUUUAAUUGUCCAGUAAUUGGAAAAAGGUGGAAACCGUAGGGAAAUUAAUAUCAGCAAGAACAAUUUUUCCGAAGGCUAUGACUCGCAUGAACCUUUAUUAAAUGGCUAGAAAUGCACCUCCAUUCAGACAAAGAUCAAAUAUCAGACAAUAGUCAAAGUCAGAAAAUUGGUUUCUACUUACAUGACGUUAUAUGUAAAAUGGAAACGUUGAUUUUCUUUUCAUGUACAUCGCCCUUUAAUAAAAACGUAGACAGCGGUUGUUCAGCAAGCCCAAAUGAGAUCCAUCCUGAACAAGAAAAAGGAAGCCUGUGUCUGGUGUCUGAAUUUUUAUUUGAGGAAAAGAUUUCUCAAAGUUCUUUUACGGAACUACCCACCUACCUUCGACAUGUAACAGUAACUCAAGAUCCAGAACCAAUAAAAGAGCGUGACAACAGUGUACGAUUUUCCGUCGAAUGCCGAGAUAUGGAAAGUCUUGAACGUCUGUGGUCCGACUAUCGUUCCGGUCGUCUAGAUUGGAUGGCCGAAAAAUGUCUUCUGACAGAUGACAUAAAAAACAGAUUUCAUGUGGAGUCUGUCACUUUAGAAACAAGUAUACUGGAAGAGGACUAUUUGGCGUGUAAAGAGUAUCUUUUAAAAAAUUCUCGUAAGUUGGUAACAAUACUUGCUUAGGGGAUACUUGUAGACCUGGGUCAAGAUGUACGAAGACCGACUAGCGCUAACCCACGGUCAAAUGUUAAUCUGGGUUCCUUUAUUCCUUUGUUCAAAAGCUCUUUUGAAACAAUUUUUUCUGUUCGUCUUAGAGCGUCCAAUCAUCAAAUUGGUUAAUCUGAAUUUCCUUUUAAAAUUUUCCGAUCUGAAAUCAGAUUUCACGCUUUCUCACGCAUUUCCUCAGAAAACAGCGGCAACUCGCUCAUGGGAAAUUGUGAUGACACUGAAAUCCUGGUUACUGAAGGGGCUAUUCAAACAACAAACACCGAUGAUCUUGGUACUCAAACAUCCAUAGAAGCUAUUUCCCAACUGCUUGAUCAAAGCAAGACUGUUAUACCAAUCGAGGAAAAAAAUGAGACCACGGAAGAACAACAGACAAUUGCAGGGAAAAUGAUAGGUACAAAUGAUUUUACUUCUGCCAUUGUAAUUUUCAUUGUUUUUCUUAAUUAUUACCGUCAUUAUUUCAUAAAAAUAAGAAUGGUUAGGGACUAACAAGGAAAUAUCGAGAUAUCGAUAAUAUGUCCCAUUCAGUCGUCCCACUCGAUUCAUUCAGUGAGAUAUGUUUCAGAGAUAAGUUUUACAAGUAGAAGUUGAAACGAAAGGCAAUCUUUUGGUGACAGUUUCUGAGUGCAUCAAAUUUCUCAAAUCUUUGUGCAUAUUUCUGAGGACUGUUCACAUACUUGAACAUUCAUGUAGCGAAGAACAUUUCGAUCAUUGGCUAAAUAGUUAAUGGUGUCUUUCAGAACGGGAUACAGUGCUGACCCGUUAACAAUAUACUCUCAACCAGAGAUAGUACUGAUCAGCUACCCUUAUCAUCACAUUAUCUUUAGGUUAUCGUCCACAAGAAAGCGGACCUUCAGUACCGAAAAAACCUAAAGACAAAUUACAAAAAGGCGGAUGGUUGCAGAAAAAGGAAGAAUACGAAGCACGGACUUCCUCUGAUACUUCAGCAAGUAACAAAAUAUGUGAGUUCCGUGGAACUGUGACAUGUAUAGCAAAGUUCUUUGAGUGUUCUUUCAGACGGUUUUUUUAAAAAGACAUGCAGACAAAAGCUUUUUUUUAUAAACUUCAGAAGUUACUGGGAAAUAUAUUUAAAACGAAUUACCUCACAACAUCAUCUAUUUUGCGCUAUAUGUUUUUAAAAACAUCAAUUUUUGUCCUUUCAAUUUCGCACAAUCUCUCUCUGAGUUCGUCCAUUUUGACACUUGUAGGCAGCGGAAUCUAGACGAGUUUGAAAUCUUGCGCGGGUUCUUCCUUGGUUGUUGACACUGAACCAUACCCCUUUUCACUGACUAAGGGUGUUGUGAGUCAUAGACUAAGUAUUGGUCAGUUUGAUUCGGUUUUCUGUAUACGCUGUUGUUAUAAGUAAACCUACGGCGGCCAUAGUAACUGACGUGUCAAGAAAGGGAAUGGUUCGUGUAGUGUGAUCGUCCGGGUGAGUGUAGUUCUGAAAAGAACUGUUGUUUGUUAACAAACUCUACACGAGUCUUCCAGCCAAUCACAUCACGGCUAAACAGACCGAUCACGUUCAACAGACCAGACUUUAUAACAUCAUCGACUGACAACUACUCUUCACUUGACUCUGAAGAUGACUACCGCACAGAUAGUCGAGACGUCAGUCACCAACAGCAGUUCUUUUCAGAACUACACUCACCCGGACGAUCACACUACACGAACUACUGAUACUCCUGGGUUCAAACCAUUUACUUUAAAGGAAAUGGUGCUGGCCUUCUUGACGUAGUAAAGGAUAGCAGCCUGUUGAUUGUUUCAAUGUUGCAAUAAGCCGUCAACCUUGUUUCGAUGGUGUAAGUGGCAUCUACAUAUCGCUUCCAGAUCUUCUGUCUUCUAAUAUUUUGAACUUUUAUUGUCCAUUUCCCGAAUUUGUACCCUCCACAUAAAAGGCUCGCUAUGCUUACAUGUAUCUGUAUUAUGAUAUAAAACAAAACUAAGGGAUAUUACACCGGGAGACUUGGUAAAUUUUGCUACACGAUGAAACAAACGGCUCUUUUUCUUUUUUGGUUCAUCUUCUAGGGUGUGAACGAUAUGUCACCUUACACAAUGGGUGCUUAACUUAUUACAAAAGUUGCCAUACUAAAAUUGGAAGUGGCUCGGUCUCUCUCGAGGGAUACAGGUAUAAAGUGUGGUUAAGCUUUCAGUCCAGAGCUUUAAUCCAAGUUUUUGGCUCAGAUUCAAAUAUUUAAAAAAUUAAAAAAAAAAAAAAUAGAUCAGAAUUACGUCGCUUGAAGCAAGAUUAGAAAUCCAUCCCGCUUGAAAAAAAGGGUCAAACAUAUUUGGCUACUACUGAAUCUGGAAAAAACUUUCGAAACUGGUGUCUUUCAAGUCAAGCAAAUGUGUUUGUACUAGAGAACAAGGACAAUAAAAUGUAUUUUUAUUUUUUAAAUCAGUGUCUAGAAAAUCUGAACGAUUUGAAAAAGGAACUGCUAGGACUGAUCCCAAAGCCUUUGCCGAUUAUUGACGUCAUGAACAACUUACACCAGAGUCAACAGCUAGAGAUUAGAUCGAAGCCUUUUGGAAUUUUUCUUCUUAUUUCACCUCAGUAGAUAGGUUCAAUUGCAUCUAAAAGUGACGAUCCCUUGGUAGCACCUCACCUCAAAAGCUGCUAACUCCUGAAGAGAGGAAGAUCGCUACCUUCGGUAUCUUGCUGAUGCAUGAGGAGUUCUCAUCCUCCUACCUUGAUCGAUUUAAUUCUUGUCAUUUUAGGGUGUAUUCAACAUCGGGAGAAGAGAGUAUCCCGUGGACAUUCAGACUACAUCAUCCCGAAAACACAGAUCAUGACUUUGCUGCAGAUUCGCGGAAGAAAAUGAAGGUGCUUACUACAUUUAUUACUACCGUAGCUUCCCUACUUCACUGAGGUUUGCGUCCCUAUCGAAGUAAAGGAUGGGAGUCAGAAAUCUCUGAGUCAUUAAGUUUCCUCUCUCCUCUCCACCCCUUCUCCCAAUUACUGUGUUUGUGCUCAAGCCGAAUCCUCUGUCCCUGACAACAGAACGAAGUACAGUGUUUCCGAGUGAUAGACUUGUUUUUCGCGAUCAAAUACUGCGACGGAACAUCCACGCCAGACUCAAUUUGUACCGACGAAGAGUGGCCAUAAAUAUAAUUACUCUCUUCGAAAUGAGUGCAUGACUUACCUUAUGGUUUAGCAAAUCUCUCCCUUUGUUGUGGAAAAGCAUCGCACAUAGAUCUGAGCGUGAAACACCCAGUUGACCCAAUGGAGAAGAUGUUAACUUAUAUCGAGACAACUUUUUAGGAAUGGGUCACCAGAAUAACAACCGAAGUAAGGGAACACCACACAAGCGCGUAAGUGACGUCAAUAAGUCGGCAUUUUUCUUGUCAGUAAUUUCUGUUGAUAAAAGCUUGUGAUGAGGUUUGAUGAAGUCAUUGUUAUUUGGUUUGACACAGCACUAAUCCAGGAAAAAUACCUUCCGUACUACGACGGUCUGUAAAGGGGAGAAAGAGACUAUCACCACAACCUGAAGCAGCAGCGUGCUCUGUUACUAUUGACCCGCAUCCUUAUGAACGCUUAUCGACAACAGGAGGUAAUGAAUGCCUAAGUUUCUAAUUAGAUUGAAUGAAUUAAUAGAUGGGUAUAUCUGGUUCCUUGGAUUGCUCAUCCGCAGUACAUCUUAAUCUCCUUCAUUCUUUGCAAUUAUAACUACGUUGCUUGUCUCAGGAGAGGUUAAUCAAACAAAGAUGUGCUUAAGUACUGCAUUAAAAUUCCUUUUUGAAUACCUAGAUUAUCAGUCCAACAUUCUAUCUGACAGGAGUUGGGAGGUUUUUUUUUAAUUCUGUGAGGGCACUCCCCUGAAAUUUGAGGACACGGUGAAAUAGAGUUCUUGAGCCUUCACAUCCUCACUUACGAGAUUACGCCUGUAAUAUUCAUGAGGCCUAAAAAAGGAAAAUUAGUUUUACAAAGUUUCUAACACGCGGUUUGAGUUCAAAGAAAGUCCUAUUUAUAGCUGUUCUCAGCUAUCUAAACCCUAAGUAAAUUUAAGGCUACCAACAACCUAUCAGUCUACCUACAGGAUGGGAGGCUGGAACUUCGGAGCCCAAUUCAAUUAACUAUACUACCUCGUUGAGUCGAAAUAGUUUGGGUACUUUUGUGGUAGAAGCACUGAAAAAAUAGCAAACUUUAAUUAAGGUGGUAAAUUAUUUUUUAACAGAGCGUCGCAGAGGACGUCGGUCACGCUCAGGAAAAAAGCUUACUUCAGCAAGGUAUGCUCAUUGCUAUAGGACCCCUAUAAGGGUUUCCUUUCCGUUAAUCCUUUAAGCAAGCCUAUUCUUUAAAAAAAAAAUUGUAAUGUGUAAUGGGAUCCUCCUUACUGGUUGGAAAAAAAUGUUUAAGCAAUAGAAUUAAAUGAAAGAAUUUGGAAAUAGUUUGUUUGUUUGAAUCUCGUAAAAAUAGCUAAUCCUACCAUAAUUUAAGUUGAUUUUUAUAAACUACUCUUAGAAGUGUGAACGCUUGAUGCACCGAAGAUAUCCUUCUAUUUGUGAAUAUUUGUUCUGCUAUGAACUUGAUUCGGACUGUUUAGUCACUGAUCUAGUAUGCAUAACAAGCUUUUUGUCAUAAAGAGCUACACCAUGACGGGAAGAACUGACAUUGAUGAUGAAAGCAAUACUAGAAAAACUGAGUGGUUAAAUAGAAGCAGUUGCCAUUUCAAAACAUUUCUGAGUGUUUUCUCCUCGUAAUUAUUACAAGUUCCCUCUUUUCCCCGUACAAAUUGAAAUGUUUCUUUCUGAGAAAUAAACGAUGAAUUUCCCUUAACAUACGUCUUCUUGAUCUGAUUCAAACGCUUUAUUUCGCGAAUAUAUAUUCGUUAUUGGCCAAGCGUGCGGUCAAGAUGGCUGGAUAUUGACCGAGGUCUAUUUUUAUGGACCGAUAUGGUCAAUAAAAACAUAAAAAAGGAAGAGGCCAAUAUCUAGCCAUGUGUUCCACACCAGCUUGGUUAAUAAAACGAUUUAGCAAAUAGCAAAAAAGAUAAAGCUUUAUUAAGAAUCAAGAAUGACUUAUGUCGAGAACUGAGAAGGAAAGCCAAAUGUGUUUGUGGUACAAUACGUAGACACGGGAGAGUCGUCUAUGUUUUCUUUAUCUUGACUUUUUUGCGCCGCUUUCUGCGUCUCCAAACGAAUUUUACGUCGCGCAUAAUCAAAUUGGUUAAUCCCGAGCGGGCAAGAUGGGUUCACGUUCCCUCUCGGGUAACCAAUCAGACCACAGGUUUCACUUUAUAUUGCCCACGCGCGCUCCCAACAAUAUGAUAAACUAAAUCACUAUGAAACGUAAGCCUCUUUACUAACUAGUACAUAAGUUGAAUUGAUAAUGUUCUUUAAACCAUUCCACUGUAAGUUGUUUAAAGAACACCAUAAAUUUCAAUCAAAAAGGUCCAUGAAAAUAAGGACUCAUAUUAUAUAAGACCAGCGCGCGUUUCAUAACGGCUUUCCACAGUCAUGCAGUUGCAAGAAAGUUGCAUGUUGAUCGAACUAUGUUCUGCUUCCGCCGCGUGCAGUGUAUUUGCAUGUUGACCAAAACUAAAAUGCGCUUUCUAACGAUGUAUAACAAGCUUAUACCAUUAUUUUGGCUUGGUUUGCAUUUAUUAAUCGUGUCUGUCUAUGUGUUUGUUGUUUUAAUUAAUCGUAGUUUGAAGCCUGUCUCUUCAAUACCUGCUUGGAAUGAUGAACCAGCCGGUAAUGAGUCUGCAGCUAGGAUAGAAGGUGAAGUUUUUUCCAUCUCCUAUCUUGAAAAUUUCAAAGCUUAUUACAACUGUAAAUAUUAAUUGAUGUUUAGGCGAAGAGUUAUGAUAAUCGCUUCUUUUACAAUAAUAGUGUACAAUAAUGGGGAUCGGGAGACGUAAACAUACUAAGAUGCAUGCGAGCGAUAUCCGGUCAACGUCUGAGACCUGAAUAAGAUGUCUCUGUCAUGCAAAAAUGUUCCUGGAAGAAGUUGCAACGUUUUUAAAAUUGACAACGUUUCGAGGAAUGUGAAAUUCUUUACAACUUAAAUGUGAAAAUGUCAAAUUCUUUACAACUUAACUCGCGCCCGGAGGUAAAUUUAGUAGAAAAUAGAAAAUGCGAGCCUCUUUGUAUUCCAUUAAUCUUAACGAUGUAUGAUUCAUGCAGAAGGUCCACAAGAAGUCAAAGGUUCCUCUGACAUUUUCGACACUCAUAGAAGUCUAUUAUACUCUAAAGAUGGCAAAGACGAAGUCAAAACGUCCGAGUUGUCAACAGCACAUCGGUAAGACACACCUUAUACACUUGAAAUGUAUUUAAAGGUUUUAGAGGGACAGCAAAUGAGAGAAAGGGGAGAAUUUUUCCCUGGUUAUUAACCUUGUUCUGGCACUCAUUCUCUACUCUGAAUGGAAAUAAUCAGUCAAUUCGUGCUUUCAUUUGUGGCAAUCGUUUACGCGCAACUGACCGAAGACAUCCGUAUAUUUGUUCCUAUACGGAUUGUGCGGAUAUACGUAGAAAUUGAAAUGUUUCUUUUCCGACAAAUACAUAAUGAAACGAUUUAGUUCGCAAGUAUCUAUACGUUAUUGAUCAAGCAUGAGGUCAAAAUGGCUGCAGCUGGAUAUUGACCGAAGUCUUUCUUAUGGACCGAAACGAAGCUGAGGUCAAUAAAAACGCAAAAGGGAUGAGGCCAAUAUUCAGCCAUCUUAACCGAACCAGCUUGGUUAAUAAACAAUUAAGUCAGUAUCAGAAAGAUAAAGCUUUAUUAAGAAUCUAGGAUGACUUAUUUCGAGAGCCGGGAGGGAAAGUCAACUGUGUUUCUAGCACAAUACAUAAAACCUUGAGAGUCGUGUAUGUUUUCUUCAUCUUGACUUUCUUCCGCCGCUCUUUGCGUCUCCAAAAAAUUUUUAUGUUGCACAUAAUCAAAGUGGUUAAUCCCGAAAGGGCAAGAUGGGUCCAUCUUUUCCACUCGGGUAGCCAAUCAGACCGCAGGUUUCGCUUCAUAUUGCCCACGCGCGCAGCGACCGAUAUGAUACAUUAAGGAUGUGUUCCUUUGGGAGAAUCCGGAUCAGGAUUUCUGAUCUAUGGCAUUUCUCACUAGCAAAUUGAUUUUGAGAUCAUUGAUCUAUCAAAUCCAAUCGGGACAAAAAUUUAUCGGAUCACUCAUCUGCGCGAUCUAAAGACGGAUCAUUAGAUUAUUGAUCCAACGCAUUCCUUUAGGUGAAGGAUCCGAAAUUAAUCAUUUUACCCAGUGGUGCUCAAUUUCAAACAAGUGGGUACCUCAUAUAUUGAACGGAAAGAUUGUUGGCAAUCGCUUCACAAAUUCUGCGAUAAACACGAAAUACACUCGAUUUUGUAAUGUUAAAUCGAUCGGCUACUGACCGCAGGCAUUCAGGGUUCCCAAGUAUCCCUAUCGUAAUCAAUAUCCACUUCUGUAUCCAUAUCGUAAUCAAUGUCUGCUUCUGUAAGUCAAUGGAAGGUCUUCCCCCAUUCCUUUGUCCAUGAGGCAGACCUGGACAAGUGGCCAACAGGCGUUCCAAACAGCUGACUGUAGGUAUUGACAUCCGAAAAUGAUAUCAAUAAUCUGAAACACUGUAGAGUGGUUUAAUACGUUCGAAAUAAUUCUCAAUGCGGACACGGCUCUGCCUCUCCCUUAUCAAAAGAAACAAUAGAAAUUCUUCAUCUUCACAACUUCUCGCUUCUUCUAAUAUUGAAUCAUCGGAAAGUACCUCUGUUAACGAAACAAAAGCUGCUCUAUCCGCGACGGCCACCUUGUCUUCGUUUUUAAAUUUAGCGCGAUUCCGCCGACGCUCUCUACAAUUUCGCGCCUGAUGUCAUGGAAACUGAUCCGAUGAACUAAAGCACCGUUCCUUUGAUGCCCGUGAUCUGUGCAAACUGGUGUGGGAGAACCUGGAUCGGGAUUUCUGAUCUGUGGCGUUCCGUUUAAGCAAAUCCAUUUUGAUAUCAGUGAUUUAUCAAAUCCACUCUGAACAAGGAUUUAUCGGAUCACCGAUCGGCGCGAUCUAAAGACGGAUCAUUGGAUCACUGAUCCAACGCGUUCCAACAGUACAAAACACAACAGCCAGAGUAUGUUAUAGAAUCAAAGUAAGAGCCCUUUCCAUGUAAUGCGAGCUGCUUACAUGAACAUUACAGAACAAAAAUAUUCACUUAUAUUGAACAGAUUUUUCAAACUCCUUAAGAAAUAGCCUAAAGAAAGUCAAUUUUUUAAUUGUGUAUUUCUUGCAAUUUCUGCAGUUUCUUAUCCUCCUUUCCUUUCCUUCCUUUCAACUCUUUUAGCCAUAUUUUCUUUUCCUUUCCCGUCUCAGUUCUGUCAUUACCACUGCUACUUGCUGAAGGCUUAGAUGGAGAGCUAAACUUGGAAUAAUCUGAUUGGUUCUGGUAGGAUGAAGUACUGUGAUAAACUGCCACACCAGUUUGGUGUUGGAAGGGUAGACCAAAAGAACGGUAAUUAGAGGUACUUGCAUUUCCUUGAGUAGCAUAACCUGGCUUUGAAAAAGCCCUUAGCUGCCUGUAAACAGGGGAACCACUUUGUCCAUAUAGAGGGAUGUUAUUAAUCCACGGCUCCAUUUUACACCUGUAUCUUCGAAUUCUAGGAAAAAGAGAACAGGCAAAAUGCAAGUUUAUAAUACAGUACACUAUUGUAUAACACCUAUAUUGAAACAAGUUUGAAUUUAAAGAUAACUUCCUCUAUAUAUGGUCUAACAGAUUGAGCUUCCAGAUAUUUUGCUCAUUACAUGCAUUUCUACUAGCCCUUCAAGGGCUCAAGGGAAUAAAAUAAUUACAUGCAUUAUCAGUAAACUAAAGAACAAGGGACAUUAACCUAUAAACAACCAGUGGUAAUGACAAUAUGAACCUUGUAGUGCCAUGUCAUCAUAAGGUUUCACCAGGAAACAAACUUACACUAGUAUUAAAGUCAGGACAUAUAUAUCUGCUAGCAAUAAAUUAUUAUAAACGAAAAAUGCCAAAAAAGAACACAUAAAACAUGUUGUAUAUACAGCAGAGUCCUGCCCAAAUUCUCCAGGAAAUCAAAACAUUUUGGUUACUGAUAUCGAAAUAUAGUAUUUAUUGAAAACAGACUCGUACGAAAGGUGGCAAAGACAACGUAAAUGUACAGCAAUGAGCAAAAGCCAGCAAAUAAAUAGCAGCAAAAUAUUAUUCUCAAGUUCGUUUUCACAAGAGUAACUGUACGAGUUCCAUCAUUCACGAAUAUUUAGAGAAGUAAAUAUGGUAGUUUGAAGGUAAAUCCAUAAAAAUAUGUGUAUUUAAGAGGCAUUUCGUCAAUUUUUUGAUGAGUUUCAGUCAAUAAAAAGAGAUAGAAAAGGAAAUUGUGACCACUUACCCACGAUGGGCUCUUGCCUCGACAAAAAUCACGAACGCGGGAAACGUCACGAAAAUUCUUUCCUUCAUAUAUGAGGUACCUACCUGUUUGAAAUUGAGCACCGCUGGGCAAAAUGAUUAUUUUCGAAUCCAUCGCCGUGAGGAACGCGUUGGAUCAGUGAUCCGAUGAAUCCUUGUCCAGAGUGCAUUUAGUAAAUUACUGAUCUCAAAAUGGAUUUGCUCGAAAGGAAAGCCUCAGAUCAGAAAUCCUGAUCCGGAUUCUACCAAAGGAACGUACCCUUAAGCUCCAUUCCUUGAAUGCACCGUGAUCUGUGUGAUCUUGCGUCACAAUUCUCAAUCCGGAUCCUCCUAAAGGAACGCACCCUAAAUCACUUUGAAACGCAAGCCUCUUUACUCACAAGUACAUAUGUUAAAUUAGUAAUUCUGUAAAUGGUUUAAAGAACAUUACAAAUCUCAAUCGAAAAGGUCCAUGAAAUUAAGGACUCAUAUUAUGUAAGCCCAGCGUGUGUAUCGUUGCGGCUUUCCAUACUUCAUGCAGUUGCAAGAAAUUAAAGUAACCGCAACCAGAAAGUUGCAUGUUGAUCGCACAAUGUUUUGCUUCCGCCGGGUGCAGUGUAUUUGCAUGUUAACCAAACUAAAAAUCGCUUUCUAACGAUGUGAUGACACCAUCAUUUUGGUUUGGUUUGCAUUUAUUAAUCUUGUCUCUAUGUAUGAUUGUUGUUUUAUCUAUUCGUAGUUUGAGCCCUGGCUAUUCAAUAUCUGCUUGGAAGGAUGAAUCAGCCGGUAAUGAGUCCGCAGCUCGGAUGCAAGGUGAAGUUUUUUCCAUCUUCUGUCUUGGAAAUUUUAAAGCUUAUCAAAACUGUAUAUUUUAAUUGAUGUUUAGGCAAAAAAUUGUGAGAAUCGCUUCUUUUACCCUGCGUGUACAAUAACGAGAUCGCGAGAAGCAAACAUACUAAGCUGCAUAGCGAGUGAUGUCCAGUCAUCGUCUGAUGUUUGAAUCAGAUGCGUGUGUCAUGCAAAUAUGUCCCUGGAUGAAGUUGCAACGUUUUUAAAAUUGACUACGUUUCGAGGAAUGUAAAAUUCUUUACAACCAACUAGAGGGACUAUACGUGUUGUGGAGGAGGUUCGGGUGAUAAGAAGCUAGAUGACUAGUAGUAUGUAGUCGAAACAUCGCGAUGCACAUCGGAGCCGACUACAUCGUUAGACAAACGAUUAUAUUUCAAUACAAAAGAAAAGGCGCGUAAUGGCUUCUUUAUUUUAUUUGGAGUUACACGCGGGUAACCCGUAAAGUCUUUCUUAACAUCAACUAAUUAAUAUCUUGUUUACGUGCAGAAAUCAGCUUUCAGGGCGUGAAAUUGCGCCUAAUACAGGCGCCAAUGCGACUAAAUUUUUCACUUUGGCGACCAAAUCCUGAAAGUUAGUCGCCAAAUUGGCGACUACAACGUUUCAUCAUAACCUUACCAAGAGAUAUAGUGAAUUAAAUAAAUUUGCAACGAUAAAUCCGCGGCAAACUUCCUCGUUUAAUUUGUUUCCAAAACGCAGCACAUGCAUCUCGAUCGAUAACUAGACGCCAUCUUGGAUUUAGAUGAGCCUGAACGUUGUAUAUCAUACAUCCUAGUGUCCACUAGCACGUUAAAGAUCUUUUCCCUAACUUAAUUUUGGAGGGUCUAUCUAGUACGCUAACAGCGUAAAGAAAGAUUUUGUUUGUCUUUGAAAAUGGCGACCAACUUUUUUUGAAUUGGCUACCACUUUGAAGAAUUUAGGAGCCAAGUGGCUAUCAGAAAAAAAAGUUAAUUUCACGCCCUGGCUUUACUUUUGUGAUCUGCCAUUCUUAAGUUUAACUCUUCUUAAAGGUCGUUCUGAGUUUCGCAGAACUUCCCACUUGCGUUACUUAAGGUUAAAAAACUGGUAUAUUUACGUUUAAGGAAAUCCACACCCAGAUACCUAAUUCCGUGUGGGAGUUAAGGCUUCCUCACGUUCCACAGCGAUUCGGGGUCACUAAUUUCCUGAAAGAAAUGAAAAAUUGCCAAAGCUGAAGUUUGGACACAUGUGCUGCGAGUUCUACUCAAUGUCCGAACUUUCGGGGUUUGUUUACAACAAAAGUCACGUGACACUACACGUGAAAUCUAAAGCCCAAAAGGUGAAUUGCAAAACAAGAUGCUGCAUAAGCUGGUGUGCUUUAUCCCUCACUAAACCCACAAAUUGCCUCCUAAAGGUGGUGAUAACACUAAGACCCACCAAAUCUACCAACCUAGCCUACGUAAUUCACCUAUGUACUUUACCUACCUAUCUUCCUAACCUACAAAAUUCACUUACAUACUUAACCUACCUACCGACCCUACUAGACUAACCUAUAUAUGUAGCCUACCAUUUAACACACCUACCUAACAUACCUACCUACCUAUCUAAUAAACUUAACCUACUUACCUAACCUGACUCAUUGAUCUGCCAACCUUAUCUACUUACCCGACCUAACUAUUUAACUUCCUCAGCUGUUCAUCUACUUUAAAAAUACCGACCUACCCAAAUUACCUAAACUACAUGAAUAAUGUUCUUAUAUACCUAACCCACUUACCUAACUUACCUAUCUUACUUUCCUAACUAAUUUACCUGCGUAACCUAUACCUGCCUUACCUAAUUAAGAACCUAUAACCUACCUCACUUACCUAGCCUGUUUACUAGUCUAACCCACUCACCAAAAUUACCAACCUAACCUACCUACCUGAACUUCCUCCCUAACCUGCUUACCUAACUUAUUUUUAUCUUACGUGUCCACUGACUUAAAUUCUUACCUAUCUUUCCACUUAUCAAUUUGUAUGUCUAUCUACGUAUCUAUUCAUUUGUCCGUCUGUAUGUCUAACUGUAUUUUAUCUGCCUAUCUGUGCAUUUUCUUGUUAAAACAUACCACUAUCGCUCUCUGUCUGUCUAUCUUUCUAUUUGUUUUUCUGUCUUCCUAUCUAUCUAUCUAUCUAUCUAUCUAUCUCUCUAUCUGCCCAUCUGUCUAUCUAUCUACUUAUCUAUUUGUCUUGCAUGCUGUCUAUCUGUCUGUCCAUUUGUCUGUCUCUCUGUCUAUCUGCUUGUCUUUUUAUGUCUGUCUAUCUGUCUGUAGAUCGACUAAGCUGGUGACUGGUGUAUGUGUUCAUGCAAUUUAGCCACUUUUCCAAGAUCACAAGGGUUUCAUGUAAAUAGUCAAUUGCCAGAAAUAAUGAUGUUAAGAUUUUACUUUUUUUCAGAUCAAGAACUUUUUCGCAGAAGGGCAAUGCCAGCAGCAGAAUAUAAAGUCACGAUUGCAGGUAUCAGGCCAUGGUUAUUAAUCAUUUCUCCAUCAAGUGUUUAAAUAAAUUAAUCUGGGAAGUAAAUCUUCAUGCUGAUUUCCUAUUGGCCUGUUUGUCUGUGUGGACGAUAAUUAGCCAAUAGCGGAAAAAGUUAUCGCAAUCAAUAAUCCAACAUCAAAGGGCCCAAUUCUUUUUAAGGUUCCAGUUUGUUCCUAUAUGUAAUCCUCUGCGCACAUUUGACAUAAAAUGAAACAAACGUUAACUCUUGCAAGGGACAGAAACAAUGUUUAAAAGUUUUUUUAUGGUAAUAGGGAGGUUGCAAUUGUAGAUUUGGCUACCAACCUGCCAAAACUACCUACCUGCUUAACCUAAAUACCUAACUAAUUUACUAGAUCUACUGAUCUGACCUACCUACCUACCGUACCUAUAUUACUAACCUACCUAACCGCUAUCUGUCUAUUUACCUAUCUGUCUAUCUAAUCUAUCUGAUCUAUUUAGCUAUCUAAUCUAACUGAUCUAGCCAGGGAUCAGUCUAGUCACCAUCGGUUUAUCUGUCACUAUAUCGGCUACGCUGAUAGCAGUGUACGUGUUCCUCUAAUUUAGGCACCUUUUCUAGUGGUAUGGGUUUUAUGUUAAUACAGCUAAUUUAGCUAGUCUAGCUAGUCUAUCUUGUCUAGCUUUUUAAUCCGACCAAAUCUAUCUAAUCUAAUCUAUCUAAUCUCUCUAAUCUGUCUCAUCUAUCUAAUCUCUUGAUAUGUCCGUCUGUACAUCUAACCAUAUUUUAUCUGUCUAUUUUCUUGUUAAUAUAGACCACUUCCGCUUGUCUGUUUUUCUUAUCCGUCUUUCUAUUUGCUGAUGUAUUUGUCUUCCUUCCUAUCUGUCUAUCUGUUUAUCUGUCUCUAUGUCGGCUAGGCUGAUGAAAGCGGUGUACGUGUUCCUCUAAUUUAGGCAUUCUUUCCAGUGGUAUGGGUUUUUUAGGUGAAAAAGACUAUGGAGCUUAACGCCGAUUUGCCAUUGGCCUUUUUUCUGUGUGAACGAGAAUAGACCAUUUUUUUUUCUUAAUGUUUUCAGAUCAACCUCUUUUUCGCAGAAGGGCAAUGUCAUCGAUAGAGGAUAAAGGCAGGAUUGCAGGUAUUAGGCCGUAAUUAAUAAUCAAUUUUUCAUUAAGUCUAUAACUUUAAGUUAAUGUGGGUAAUGGAGCUUCAUGCUGUUUUCAGAUCAACCUCUUUUUCGCAGAAGGGCAAUGUCAUCGGUAGAGGAUAAAGGCAGGAUUGCAGGUAUCAGGCCGCAAUUAAUAAUCAAUUUUUCAUUAAGUCAAUAACUUUAAGUUAAUGUGGGUAAUGGAGCUUCAUGCUGAUUUGGUGUUCGCCUUUUUGUCUGAGUGGACGAUAAUGACCCAUGCAGUAACAGAAAAAGUUAUUGCAAUCAAUAAUCUCACAUCAAGGAGCCCAAUUCUCUAGAAGGUUCCAGUUGGUUACUAGGUUUAUUUCGCCAUCCUCCUCGAACAUUCAACUUUAACAAAAACAACAAGAAGUUUACUUGAGCUUGCAGUAGAAAUUAGUCUGAUCGUCCGGAUGAGUGUAUUCCUGAGAAGGACUGUUGUUAGUAGUGGUGACUAACGUUUCGACAACCUGAGUGGAAGUCAUCAUCAGAGUUAGGUAAAUAAUUGUUGUCAGUCGAAUGUUCUAAGUUCGGUUCGUAUAAACUUAUUGGUCAGUUUCGCCCUGACGUUAUUGGCUGUAAGACCCGUGGCGUAUGUUGGUCGUGAUUGGUCUGUUUCGAUCCAUUGGUAACGUUAGGUCGUUCUGUUCGGAUCGUUUGUAAUGUUGAUGUCGCGAAUAAGUCGUUUGUAUGGUGCCAGUGGUAGUUGACACCUGUUGAGGGUUUGUUUUAGGUUAGUAAACCAGCUCUCCAGAGUCAGUCGUUGAAAGUAGUUUGUGCUGUAGGUAAGGCAUUGCGCAGAGUCCCAGUCAAUAGUGUGGUUCAUAAGUCGAUGAUGUUCAAUCGAUGAUUAUUGAUAUCACCUUUCCUCGUCACUCCCUUGUGUUCAGUUUGUCUAAUUAUGAGGUUUCUGCCAGUCUCUCUGGUGUGAGAGGCGUGGCAGUCGGAAAAAUUGAUCUCAUAAACCACUCCCUGUCUGUUCCUCAGUUCGUUCUAUUCUUGAACAUUUGUCCGUAACUGACGUUGUGUAGUGAUGGGUUUGUGGGCGAUGCGGUUAUUGAACGGUUUUAGGAUGCGCGAGAUGUUCUCAGACAUGCUCUUUAUGUACGGUGUAGUCGCUGUAGUCGUAAGAUUUUCGGUGUCGUUUGUUUCGGUAGUUGUAGUGGGUCGGUGAGUGUUUCGUCAUGAAGUCUUUGUUAUAGUUGUUCUUUGGCAAAACACGGUCAAGUUAUUUCUUUUCGUCCGAGAAGCUGCUUGUGAUACAUACUAGUUGUACUUGUCGCGUCAGAGUCUGAUAAGUCUUCAAAUCGAUCAUGUAGGUCAAAAGUGUAAACUAACCUCUGGAAUAACUCUAUUGACACAAUACGUGGAAACUUUUUUGUAACACCCACAUCACUUCUGGAGGAUUUUUAUCAAGGUGGCCAUCAAGACAUAGUGCUUAAAUAGAAUUUGUGACGGACCUGUCUUUUUCUUUUGUUACGUAGUAAUUUAAACGAGUGCAAACUUAUACUUGUUGUUACCAAUUAAUUUAGGCAGGGUCUGUUCGAUUGUUGGAGUGGCAAAAGUUUCGCACAAUUAUUAUCAUAGUCCGUAAUUCAAGUCAAGGAGAAGUAAUUUUUGGUUACUAUUCAGGGGGUGAUUAGUGUCAUCUUUGCGUCAGUGUGGGCUCUGUAUUGUACCAGCUUUUGUGAUUUUAAUCAGAAAAAAAUUAUCAAAAUAAUAUAUUGCCCCCAUUUAGUGUUCCCCAUAAAGUUUGAAUCAUCGGAGAACGAGAAACCGAGAUGGCAUAUAAAAAUUAUAUGAAUAUGCGGAUUACGCUCAUCACCAGACACUGAUCGCUAUUCUCCCUGGGAACAAUCGCAAUUGAAGUGCCAGUGAAAUUUUCCUCACGUAAGCUAGGAGUUCGACUGAAUUUAGAAACUAUGAAUUUAGUGUGGCAGCAUGUAGUCUAUUAUAGAACAAGGGGACGCAGAAGUUAUAGCCAGAGCGUAAUUGCCCCUUGCAUACACGAAAAACUAUCUCUCGAAGGAGGGUUUGUCACAAUAACUAUAAAAGAUACACAAAAGAAGAGGGAGUGCCUUAUUCCACUUCAUGCGUUCCAGCUGUCAGAGUUUUAUAGCAAUUCAAAAUUAUUCCCCGAUUUCUUGAGAAAGAGAAAUCGGAGACAGGGUAAACUUAACUGGAUCUAUUAAAGAACAAAUCAGUGAUCAGCGCGUUAAGUGUUUUAUUUCUCCCAAUAAGAAGUAGAUGAUAAUUUUCGAUGUUCAAUCGAUAAGAAAAACUAAAAAGACAGCAUCCAUGUUGGAUCUGACUCCAGCUGCCAACACUCCAUGCAUGAUGUCCUCAUCUCCCAGGUAGAACAAUGCCACCUAUGAUACAAUCAUCAAGGUUAAUAGUGUACACUGUUAUACAUUGCCAGUCUUCUUUUUCGUAGAUGUUUGAAGAGAAUUGUCAACAGUUAUUGAGAAAUUUAAAACAAGAGAUCAAAUGGAAAUUAUUUUUUAAAGGGGGACGAAUGUUUACUCAUUUCCUAUUCAAGACUUAUUUAUUUUUUAGGCUAUCACCUUUUUUUCAUAUUUAAUAUUAUUACAUGUAAUAAUGAUAAUCAUGAUAAUGAUAGUGAUAAUGAUAAUGGCAAUGGCAAUGGCAAUGGCAAUGGCAAUGGCUAUGACAAUGAUAAUGGUAAUGGUAAUGGUAAUGGUAAUGAUAAUGAUAAUGAUAAUGAUGAUGAUACUAAUGAUAAUGAUAAUGGUAAUGAUGAUGAUGAUGAUAGCAAUCGUGAUAGUGAUAGUGAUAAUGAAAAUGACAAUGGUAAUGAUGAUAAUGAUAUUGACAAAGAUAAUGAUAUUGGUAAUGAUGAUAAUAAUAAUACUAAUACCAAAAGAACAUUUUACUUAUACGUCCAGUUGUGCUUAUGCCAUAACUUACUCUUUUAUCGUCCUUUGACACAAAUGCUUCUUUGUAAGCGUCUGUUGCUUGAUCUGCGUCAUCUCGAUUGGUAAGAAGAUCACCAAUAUACAAUCUUGUCUUUCGGUGAAAACAUUUAUAGCAGAUAAGAAAAAAACAAAAAGAGAUUAAAACUGAAGCUGGGCGUUCAGAAAUCUUUUCGCUUGGGACUGUGUUCUUAUAUCCUUCUAAAUGCUGUCAGUACUGUUCAUCAUGGUUGUUUGAAACGAAGUGGUUUCAGCAAGCUGUUGUCAAAAAUUGUAAUUUUUUUUAUCAACACCAACGUGAACCACUACGAGCCUAAAAAAGGUACAGUCGAACAUAUAUUAGACGGUCACCUAAGGGAAUGGCGCGGUGACCACUUGAAACAGGUUCCACAGAUUAAGAUUAUUAUAAAAAAAACGUCAACUUAUGCCAUUAUUUACCAUUCAAUGAACAAAAACUGGCUCAAAAAUACUACUGACUUUGAUUUCGGGAGAUAAAAACUUGAAAGAUUACUCUAAGUUUUAUCGAGUGGUCCCCCUUUAAGGGUAAAAGGUGUCGGGAAUUUGAAAACGCACCGCUUAAUACAGGGUGAGCGCUUUAUAUGGUGCCGCUUAUUACAGAUUAAACGGUAAGAAGCUUGUAUGAUCGUGUUUGCUUAAAAGACAUUCUUUCAUAUUUGUGAAAAUAAGUUACUCGAGAUCCAAAAUAUUUUUUGACAAAAUGAUUUGGUUGUUGGGAAAUAAAACGCAUAAAAGUUCUAAUGUUAUUUUGAACAUAAAAUAGUUUUGAUUCGUUUGUUUUCCUUAGCAAGUGAGACCACUUUUCACAAUUGACAUUUUCAAAACUUGAACUCCAGUUGUAAAAUUUUUUAAAAUUUCUUUUUGAAAAUUCACGCUCUUUUCCCCUACACACCAUUGGCUUAUUUCAAUAAAACUCUUUAGCAAUGUUCCUACCAUAAAAUCAUCAGGAUCAGUCAUUGCCUUCUCCAGAUUACCGAGAUCCUGUUCAGAUGUGAACGGUCCAUCGCUCUCAAAUGUCAUCUUCCACUCGUUGAAGAACCGUUCAAUAUCUUUAUACUUCAUAGCUAUCAGAAAUUCGCGAAAUGCUUCCUUGGCUUCGGUUUCCAGCUCUAACCAAAAACGGAAAAAUCGUUGUCAAUAUUUUCAUUUUUACUGAGACUUGAUCUCAAAUUUUGAUGUAGAAGCCAACCAACAAAAUCCCAAUAAAGUGAUAAUCAAAGUUUGUUACUUUGUUGUACCGACUUAGGGUUACUGGCUUAAACUUCGCAGAAAAAGCAGUCUUAACUAAAUGCAUCUGAGAACAUCUUUUCUUUAAACGCAUGUUUUUGUUGAUCUGAGCAGUUUGUUUUCACUCGUUUUUGUUUCUUUUCCUCUCAGAAAGUGGAGAUGAAUCAUCAGUGACUUAAUUGAGACGUGCUCUUAGCCGAGAAUGGUCAAUAAUUUUAUUUUGUGAUCUGCAAUGUGAUCUUGAGGGCCUUUUAGCCUUUUAUUCAGACACUCGGCGGGGGGGGGAGGGAGUUAAAAUUGGUGGUUGGAUUUCUUCUCUCUUCUGGCGGCGUUAAGCUGUCAGAACAAGAAGGAAGAUAAAUCUAUUUUUAAAAGAAAAAAAGAAAGUAAAUGACCUACCUUCUUUCGACGAUAUUUUUUUGUAGUAAGUUCCUGUGUAGUAUCCAUCAUUAAAGUACUUCUUCAAAUUGGUCACGUAAUGGGGCUCACAGUGACUUUCUGCAAGUAGUUAAUGGAAAAGACUGAUUUGUCAGCGGCAAAAAUAAGGCUGUAAAUAGUACAACUUGAGUAUUUCAAACAAAUACACUGCAAAAUGACGCCAUCAGUGGUAAUAAAAUGAUAGUCAUAAUAAUAAUGAUAACGUCAGUAAAGCGAAUGAUGGUAACGAUGAUAACACAACACCUGUUUUGCAAGAUCGGCACACUAACGGCAGAAAGGAGAAGUUUUUUUGGUGAACUUUUUCAGAGAGAAAAAUGGGAAAAGCAGCUUUACUGCCAUUUUACAGUUUUUGAUUAUUUUUUGGGAUCGACAGUCCAUCAGGAACAACAAAGAUGAAAAAGCGUAGAUUUAAUAAUGCAUAAAAGUUUAAAAAUCUGCCUGUAAUUUAAUAAACAAUUUGUUCAUAAUUAUUAAUCGUUAUUAUUCUUAUUUGAAUUAUAAGUUAUGUUCUAAAAUUAUAGUCCCUAAAAAAAGGCUUCCCUGUGCAAAAACAUGACAGAGAUGUUCUGCUUUAAUUUUUACUUCCCUCACAUUGCCGUUUAUUACAAGCUUGGUAUCUUAUGAAACGUCAAAAUCUAGCUUCUACAGUGAAAUUACCGAAAAGAAGUCUGUGCUGAUGGUCAGACGAACUUCGUUGAAGUAACAUUCCUUUUAUGGGAACAAUUUUGCGCUGCUGCUCUCCAGUUAAUUUUUUAGGACAAAAAUUUAUUUAUAAUUUUAUUUACAAAAUACCCGUGUGUGAGUUAAUUCGAAAUUUUCGUUCUUUUUCGCGUUAAUCCUCUUUCCUUUCGUAAAAAUGUAGACAUCAUUUACAAUGUUUCAAUUAAUGCACCCAUCCUAAAAAAAAUAAAUUUUGCAUGCAUAGCAUGCCUAUGUUGUAUAAUGGUCUGCAAUCAUGAAAGAACGCUAUAAGAAAAUACAUGGCUUUCGUUUUAAAUUACAGGUUGCGUCAUCUUUUGGACGUCACUACUAACCUUUAGCCGUGAAUGCCAAUGACAGGACAUAAGCAUGAACAUGUUGUGUGAAUAUUUAGACCAAUUCUUUCUUUUUUUCUUCUAAUUCGGCAAACGUUUAAUCCAAUUCAGUUCUUAAAUUUCAAGAGCUGAUAUUUUUCCUUUUUGACACAACGAGUUAAAGAGUAAUGGUUAAACAUGUCAUGCCCUUCUUUGUACAAUGCAAAGGGAACACGCCAUGUUUCCUUGAUUAAUAUUUUCGGUGCCAGAACACAGCUCUUGGCAACCUUUAGUGUUUAGACACAUUGUGUAGCUGUGAGAAGUGCGUAAAUAAUGUGUACUGAUUGGAUUGGUGGUAUAAACACUAACAUUCAGAGGACAUUAAAUAAUGGAAAAUUUUAUGGUAUAACAAUAAAAAAGGUACAAAAAAUGCUAAUAAACCUUUAGUUUUUCGACCGCUUCCCAUAGGGAUUUCAAAAUACGAUAUGUAUAGUGCAUGGUGCAUUAAUAUUGUCUCUUUUAGCUUUUUUUUUUUUACAUCGUGUUCACGCGCAAGGAAUUGGCACACAACUUUCGCACCAUAAAAAAUUUCGGUGCCAGUUCAUCACUAACGUUGACAACCUUCGGUUUCAACAUACUCGGUCGAUUCAGUAAUAUGUACUUACAUUUAAGAGAAACAUUCAGCUUUAAAAUAAGAAUGCAAAAAUGAGUCAUAUUUCUGACAGAAAAAGAGCAUUGGCGAUGUUUGCAUCUCACAGCUUAACAAUAAAAAGUGGUCAAUCCGUAAGUGAGACACACUUAGUUACAGUAGGAACUUUGUUAUCCAAAAUAACGUUUAACACAGAAUUAACGUCAAUGAAGAACAUUAAAAAGACGUUUCACAAACGACUACCACUGUAAGGGAAUUGGGAGGGUUACUAACAGAGGGUAAGAAUCAGGUGCAAGAGGCAGGAUAAAUAUUCUUACAAACGAAAUGGUGAGAAUGAGAGGAGUACUGAGAAGUACUCAAGAUGAGCCGUUUUUGUGCUGCAUGAAAGAGAAGCUACAAAAAUACCUUAUUUUUCAACUGCAGUAUAUUCAGGCCUACCUUGAACUAAAAAUAAUGCCACGAGUAAAAUCAAAGACGCGGGAUUCAUUGUAGCGUUUUUCCUUUUCCUGCUCUCCAGAGGAUUAUUCUACAAGCAACUCGCGAAUCAAUGAAAUGGCUUUUAGAAAUUAUUAGCAAGUAUAAGCUUUUUGUACGCUUUGUUUAAUUUGGUUUUAAAUUACACAGCUGACCACCUGUUUGCUCUUAGCUUUUGUUACAAGCAAGAAAGAAACGACGCGUUUUACAUGAGGUCAUAACCUGCUAUAGAAACGAUUUUGAAAUGAUCUUGCUAUUCUUUCACGUCAGAGACUGCACUCGUGUUAAAAAUUAUGCUCUUGAAAAAUGAAAAAUUUUAGAGCUAAUUCUUUGUUUUUCUCAACCUGGCAAAAUGUGGCCGGUUGCCACAUUGCUGAAAUGCAUUUUAUGCUAAUCACUGUCUCUAAUCAAUUUAAAAAAGGCCCUGGUAUGUUUGCAUGAUUGAGAUCUCUUUAAUGUAUCUCCCCAUUCCUUUUUCCUGCACUGAAUCCGGAAAGUAACCAUGCUAGCUUUCGUUUUGAACUUUUUUCAUCACUAAAAUAAAAUAACUCACCUUUCAUCUGUAUCAACAAUGCAACAUCAAUAUUUAUCAUCAAGAAUGCGAUGGCAGUACCUUAUACUUUCAUCCAUGGUGAGAAGAGACGGCUAACAACAAUGUAUUUUCAGAUAAAAAUGAAGGGUGAAGAAAUUGACCUUAUUGUACAAACUUUGCUCGAAAGUUUUUUUUUGUUUCUUUACACUAUUGAGUGAAACUUCUAUGAAAUAUACAUAUUUUUUAUUAACUCAAUUUCGUUUCAAAUGACAAAAGGUUCCAACGGUAUUUCAUAAUCCCUGGCCUUAGCCGCACGCUUUAAAAUGAUCGUCGUCUUGUGAUUUCAAGUAAAUUGAAUGAAUAACUUUUAAAUUGUGACGAAAUUAUCCAGGAUUGGACUUAUUUUCCUUUACUUUUCUUGAUGAAUGGCAAAACUAAAGCCAUUGACGACGUAUUCAUACUCGUUUGCUGGCGCUUCGGACAGUUUACUAGCUAUUGAAUUGAUACUGACAUUGAAAAUCUAACAUCACAUGUGAAAGCGCCAUCAACUGACGCGUGUCACUAUUUACAAGACUUAAAAUAAUAAGAAUAACAUACCUUUGUUUUUCACUCCUUUCAUUCACGUAUCAAAUGGGAACAGACUUUUGAACCACGCCUUGUUUUAAUAGAUUCGAACAGACGUUUUAUUAAUUUGCUCACGCACACAUUUUAAACAUUUCCAUGUCUGAAGAAAAAUCAUGUAGACCGCUGAAGUAAGAUCGUCCUAUUUUUUUCUACUGAGAGAAAACGAUAAAGGUUUCUCAUUUGCUGUUAUCUCAUUUUUUGAUUGCAAUAAGAAACUUUAAUUUAUAGGAAGAAGUAUUGCGAACUUUGGGCUUGAUGGUUGAAAAAAAAAAAAGAUGUUACUUUGUUUUUCACAAGCUUGGGACAAAGUACAGCGUGCAGCGUGCAACGUGCAGCGUGUAGUGUGUAGCGUGCAGCGUGCAGCGUGUAGCGUGCAGCGUAUAACAUGCUCCAUCGGAACGCGAAAUUCAAAGGCCUAAGGGUUUGAGUCCUCGCUGGAGACUCCGACUUCGCUACCUUUUCCAGCUCGUGACAAAAUGCAAUCCGAUCGUUCUUUUUUUUUCAUUUCAGCUUCGUUUCAGUUUUGAAAAACAAAAGAGAACACUGUUAAAGACGUCUGGAAGUUUUCACUGCCACCGAAGCUAAAAACUAUACAGUCUUUCCUUAAUGAUUUUCGCUUUAUUCUUCAAGCUAUAAAAAUACCCUCCCACGUAUUAUGCCCAACUUCUUUAUGAAGUUUCCGAGGGUUUUCGUUUUAAAUGCUUAGGUAGAUUUCCACCAAACGAAGCGAAGACUCCACCAAUGUCAGCUGUUUUCGCAUCAAUUUGUAGUUUUAGCGAGGAUGUUUGUUUUGUGACGAGUAUUUCUUCAAAUCAAUAUGCUAAUGAUCUAAUUUGUUUCGACCUCAGACUUUUAAAGCGUUAAAGCGAAUUUCUUUAACAAUAUUUUCGUUUCUCUGACAGUCGAACAAAACGAGUUCAGCGUUUUUGUUCCUUGUAGUCUGAGUAGGUCUCAAAAAUUUUUGGGGAUCAAGUCUUUGAUCUUCAGUCUUCGCUCUUUGGUCUUUAAUCUUCAAUCUUUGCUUUGCAAGCUAACAAAGCAAAGACGUCAUCGUUGCCGUAAGUACACAUGUGAAAAGUUUCUUAGUCUCUUACCGUUGGCUCCAAACUAACAAAUGGUGAUUUCGAGUCAAAGCUUUUGGCCUGAGCGGGAUACUGGACUAUUGCCAACAGCGCCAUAAUUUGCCAAAAGGCCAGGUAAGAGCUUAACGGCUUUGAUUAAGUAAUAAAACAAAUUUGUACACAAAAAUGCCGCAGAAAAUAACUCAAAUGAUCAAACGUUACAUACGUAGAAGCAAAGAAAGUCUAACAAUCGAGGAAGAAAAAUCAUCAUGUUGACGACAUGAUGGAAUCGCCUUCCUUGUAAUCUAUGGCCAAAACGGCAAAAAUCAUGGUAAAAGGAUCCAUUUUGCCCUGGCCUUUAGUUUGCUAAAGAUAGUUAUUAAAAUCGCAUGUAUUUUGCAUUUCCUCCAACAAACCUUUCAUGUAGUAGCAUAUUCAUUUCUUUGCGUCCUAUGCGCAGUGUAAAGCAGGAGAAUAAGAGAAACAGCAUAAAAUUCUUCAUGAGCCAUGAGCUUAGUGUUAAUUAAAGUUGGGCCGACACCGAUACCAAAUAUGCGAUACUGGCGAUACCGAGGUCUGCACGGAAAUAUCGACAUUAGCGAAAAGUAUCGAUGCUUUCGAUACUGCACGUGACCUACCCGCGCUUUGUUCCACGCGAGCGACCACCCACUGAAGCUAGAAAGACACCGAUGUGCACCAGUCUAAGUGGCGUGUGAGCACUACAAUAGUGAAAUGAUCGACAACAGUGAGUCUCGCCAAUGAGUGCGUCCCUAAUCCCGUUUUAAUUUUUUUACUAUUUUGUUCAUGAUUCUAAAGUAUAGUGGUAAAAGCCAACCCAAAAAUCUUAAUUAUAUUUAUUGGUUGGCGUAGUAAGAUAGUUAUACUGAGAAACCCAUGUUUUUAGACGCAAUUUUACCCUAAACUGGUGCACUCGUGAGAAGUGGUCCAAGUAAGUUUUUGCGCCUUAAAAAUGCGUAAGCGACAGAGAUGUGCAAAGUACGUGUAUGUUAAUACCCUAUUUGUACUUUCCAUAAACAACUUUGACACUUCUUGUAGCCGCGAACACAAUGGAUAUUUAUAAACAUAUCACAAAGCGAAGCAAAGAAUAUAGAGCAUGCAUGAUUAAGUUCAUGCAUGGACAAGAGGGUUAAACCAUUAAAAGCCUCUCUCAAUGAAAUAUGUCUACAAGACCAGUUGCAGAACGCCUCGGAACCCAAUCUUACACUGUCACGAAACGUUCCAGUCCAUUUCUUGACCUUGUUUUCCUUCUAAAAACCCCGUCUUUGGGAAGGAGAUUUGAUUGCGUGACACGAAGGUAUUUUGUUUAUCGUGCGUUGGCCCACAAGCAGCAAUGGUGCAGUGAUGAUAAACUUUGGUUACUACAAGGAAUAUUCUAUUUGCAGAAACGUUAUUUGUAUCAUUAAGAAUAAAAGCAAAAUGUCGUUUACAUGAAUUUUUUAAUGUUUCGUAUUUUUAUGAUCAUAGUCCGGUUAAAAAAAACUCGUAUUGAAGUCACGCUCUGUCAACAUGUCAACAUUAUGAAUCUCGCAGCGGGGUUUAUCUACGUUACAUAAUUAUCAUUCCAAUUUGACGUUGAUAAGUUAAGUAAACUAAGCACCACUCGUAAAAUGAACACAUUUAAAUGAUCUUUAGCCUACCGUGAGUUAUUUGUUGUGCACCUGCAAUCAUUUGAGCGGCCAUUGAGCGCGAAUUUGUAGCUUUUAAGUCUUCUCUCCGAUUUAUUAACGUUUCGCUUUCCUAUGUGGAUCUUGUUGUUGAAUCCAUGCAAUGGAAAAUAGCUGUGGUAAGCCAGUUAGUACACUGAAUCAGCGCCUGUGCCCACGUCACACGUUCGCCAUGUUGCUCGACUUAUUUCAUUACCAGUCUCUAGCUAAUUAACACAGGAUUCCCAAGACCAAAAUGUGAAUGUCCGAGCUUUAAGUUUGGGGAUAGGUUUACUGCCGCUAACUUAAUAAGUGAUCAGGUAUAACCCUCCAAGAGUUUGCCAACUAGAAAUUGGCAAGCUUCGUGGUUGAAGUCUUCUUAUAUCACGCUGUAAUCACGUGCAUAACAAAUCUUUGAUUUUGUUUUUAAAUGUUUGGGCAUUCAGCUGCAUGGAAUGCUUUCAUUACUUGAUAAAAACUUAAUAAAGAACGGAUUUAUCAUAUUCACCACAAGAUUGAGCGGAAAUCAUAACGGUUAUUGAACUUCUUUUAAGUUAGUAGAGCAGAUUUAUUUGAAAAGAAAAUUUCUAGUCCCCGGCUUCAUAUUAAUAUAUUUGCAGAGAGUAGUUGUUUUGUCCCCGUGAAAACCAAAGCAGCCGAGUCAAUUCUCGCUUGACUGCCUCUUCAGUCAGCUCUCUGUUAUAUGAAGCAGUGCGUUUACUUAAAGUAUGAGAAUGGAUGGAGGAUUUCUCAAAAUAACGAUAACACCUCAAGUUUCCCUUUGGAUAUCUGGAGACCAAAACAACUGAUAAGGUUUACAGAGGAAAAACAUUACGUCACACGUCACAUUUUCUAAAAAUAGGGUUUGAAUGUUUGGCAAUAUUUUGGCGACUGCUUUUAUGACCUGGGGUGUAAGUGAAAAUAUUAACAGUCCAAAUGUAAAAACGCAGAGAGGGGAAAAAAUAAUAAAUAAAGAAAAAUACACCAUAGAAAUAAAAAGGGCUGCGUGGAAUAAUGAGUACGUAAGGCCGUUGAUGCUAGAGGUGCUAAUUUUACACGUUUCGAAUGUUGCUAUAUAAAGCACGUUCUUGUCACUUGCCGUUAUCUUUUGAGUUUAAAGCUACCCAUGUCCAAAGUUUCCCAAAGACACCACGCAAGCAGAUUUCGGAGUGUGAUUUUUUUUUGUGACGUACAUCUUUCAAUCGCAUUAUCUUAAUUUGAUGGCCAACAGACGCCCGCUUCAGCUCCAGUCAAUCGGGUGUAUCAUUAACAUCCGUUGUUGACCUCUUUGACGAGUGAUCUUAAUUUAUGCCAUAAGCAAAUAUUGUUUGAAGGAACGACUGAGCGAAGUGAUAUCGUGGUGUUUUUACAUCUUGGAUAUAUGUUGUGUAAGUUGCGUCCUGUGAAGCCAAUAUGGAAGGAAAUUAACUUGAGCUGAAGACAGGUAAGCACGUCUCGCAUCCUUCCCGACGAUCAAUACUGCUUUCGUUAAUAACAUCAGACUAAAUCUUCAGGCGAAUGUUGACGCUCGACUUUUGAAUCAUAAGCAAAUUAUAAGAAUAUAUAAGCUUGAGAAAACGUUAUUGUGAUAAUUUCCUCAUACAUCAUUUACACGUGUUUGAUAUUUGGAUAUCUUAAGAUUUUGGACGCUUUCUCUUCUUCCUUGAGAUAACGUUUCAUGACUUUGCUGAAGACAUACACCAUAAGCUAAUUUAUCACGGCAGCGCUUCCGCUGAUUACGAAACGAUUGGCGUGCGUUUGAUGAAGCAAAAACUUUCUGAGAGCGCCAUAUUGAAUUGCAUGUAGCACUAUGUGUACACAGGGAAAUGGUAUUCAGUUUUUACUAAAGAGAGUGCGCGCUAUCGGCUGUUAAUCGUUUAAAUCGAUAUAGCUUCCUGGUUAAAUAAUUAAUCGACGCCAUUUUGCAUUCGUUCGCACUUUUUCACUGAGUUUCUUCCUUUAGCGAUGGCGGUUAAAGUCGUUGGAUAGAUUUGUAGACGCUUUUCAAACUAAUACCUUGCAGAGAUGUACAGUAUGAAGGGAAGAAAGGAUUUCUUUAAAAGCCUGCCGUGUAUCGCGUGUUAAGUUUCUAGAAUUUAUAGAGAUGUUUCGUAGAAUUGCAAAUUUAUUCACGCACAAAGUUCGCGUGACAGAUUGAGUGACGUCACUGUUGAAAAAGCUCUCUUUAUUUUGAACCAACGGUGCAUAACUUAUAACUUCAUUACUUUCAAUGCAUUUCGUUGACGGCUUUGGUGUGAAAAGAAAGAGAGUUUUUUUUAUUACAGCACCAGGACGUGUUCAUCGCUACACCUGAUCUAUUUCUGAUUUAUUUUGCUUUCCCCCAAUAGUACGCGUGUUAAGAAUUGAAAUGCCUUUAAUGCCAAUUAUCGGCGUGACAAAUUUCUGUGUAGAUAGCAAGUCACGCCAUUCGAAACUCUAGAAAAUACGAAAAGCCCUAGCGUGACUUUAAAAGUUUCAUAGCCACGACACCGAAAGAACGUCUUCGUCAGAGGUUUAUAGAAAAGAGAGAGGAGGCUGGUCAGCUUAUUUUUAAAAAGUAAAUAAAUGAUAGAUAAAUAACUAUACCGUUAGCCGAACCGACACCGGAAAUAGGGUUGCUUACAGACGUAAUUUCUUACAGUACCGCUAUCGCUACUCCCCUGCUCGUAGCUGCUGCGACUUUCAGCUAAUCACGCUGACAAACUCUUUCCCGACGCCAAGGCAGCUCGCUGACAGGGAUAACAAACUCUUGCAAUUAGUGCUUUUCAUGACUAUCAAGCGUAGAAAAUGCUUUCAAGAUCCUGAAGAAUCCUCGAAGACCUCUAAUCUACAAGAAUAUAGCAUUUAUUACAUCGUGCCUUCAAAAAUAACGUGAUAGCGGAGCUCGCAGAGCUUAGCCCCAUAAUUAUACAAAACAGUAGUAACCCAUCAAGCCGAAAACAUUUGGAUGUACGACCGUACGACCGUUCGACCGUACGACCGUACAAGGUGCUACUUUUAACACAUGCGUGGUCAACUGUACCGCAGGCACGCACGCACGGCUUUGUCCAGUAGUUCAGUGGUCAGUGCACUGGGCUCCGAGUCGGACGACCCGGGUUCUAGUCCUGGCCGGGACAAGGCGUUGUGCCCUUGAGACGUGCGGGCUAAAUCUAUAUAUUAUACAUGUAAUACGAUUGCCUUUCUUUGCCAAGACCACUGAAGUGUGGAUGAAUCAAUAACUAGUGUCCAAACGUUCUGACAAUAACUUGCUUGGAUUCUCUAGAAUGUUUUCAACUUACUUCCAAAAUUCUUCAGUUCAAGAUCUUCAGCAUCUCUCAAAAAUCUCUUAGAGGAUCUUAUCGGGAUCUUCAUUUAUAUUUUUCUUGUCAAGAUCUUCGCGAUAAUGAUCCUGAAAAAGUUUAGACAAUAUUGUGAAUGAUAAUCUUUCUUGACUGAAAUCUCUAAGACCUCUCCGUCAGAUUGCACAUGCUUUCCUGAAACGUAACUCGAAAUAUAAGUGUUUCUACAGCUGCAGGUGACUAAUUGAAUUCUAUCAUGAUUCAAAACAAAGGUCAAUAUCGUUUGUUACUGUCUUGGCAAGAUUCUUGGCAGAUCUUUAAUGCCUCGUUGAGAAGAGAGAAGAUAAAUCGAUGACCUUUUGAAAGAUCAGUCUCAGAGGAUCUCUGAUGCACGUAAAAAUCCUCGUGAAGAAUUUCAAACGGGCUCUUCUGUAAACGAAACUUAAUUUGUAAUUCGUUAUUGUCAUUGUUAAGGCAUCUUUGCCUUUGCAUCGAAUGUAUCAGAAAAAUGAAAUUAGCAAUUUCAUAAAAAGGAAUCCUCGCUUGUGGAAAUGAAGUGAACGAAACGAAGAUCAGCCGUUCAGCUUCUUUAAUUAAACGAAGAAAGAUGCAAAUUUGAUUCGGAUUACCUAAGCUAAUGCAAAUCUCGAUGAGAUGUCCUGGUUCAAUACUCUACCUACUGAGCUGCAGGUAACUCAUUGGUGAGCUGGACCAUGGACUAAGUUCAUAUCUGACGGGCUUACUGCAUACUACAACAUUUAUCUGUUUGAGCUGAUAUAGCUGAUAUGAAAUAACUGUGUUUAUCAUAGGCAAAAGCCCUGAUCAAUUGGUAGCAAGCAUGGCUCGUUCCGCGCCAGUUGUUGAACCAUUCGCUAACAUUUCAGCGCAAGAGUUGCUGAAAAAUACCCCCGGGUUGUUCGGAUGGGUUAGAAAGGAGGAGACUGCAGGAAUACGAUCGAUGGUGAAAGCACUUGACUGUAAGUACUGGAAGUCACGAACAUUCUAAAAAGUAUAGCAAAAAAUGCAAAACAAACGAACUAACAAACAGACAAAUAAACUAAUAAUAAUAAAAUGAAAGCAUAACCUGAGAAAGUCCAAAAACUUGAAUAGAAACAUCAUAAGAAACUCUACCAUCCUUAUGAAUAAUGGCAUAAAAUACAGCGAAGAAAUGCUUGAAGAAAAAAAGUUUUCCAUCGGAUUAUGUUCUUCAUUGUAUAAUUGAGCUGAAUUAUGCACGUGUUUUGAUUGGUUCCCACUAACGAACUAAUGGAGGACAGACGCAUGGAUAAAAUUAUUGACAAUUCUUGCUUCUUUAUUAUACAAAACAGAUAGAUUUCAUAUUUCCGCGGGUUUCUUCGCUAAUAGAUCACAGAAGACGUCAAGAUGUGUCAAGAAAAUUAGUGACACACUCGGCUACGCCUCAUGUGCCACUUUUUUCGUCUUACCACAUUUUGACGCCAUCGGUGAUCUAUUACUGAACAGACGUAAUCAAUGAAUCAAUUAGUUUAUUUAUUAAGUUAGUACAUGGGAUUAGGUAGUCCUGUGUAUCCAAGCCAGGGGCUCAUGUAUAAGACGCAUGACAGUGAGCAAAAUAAAAUAAGAUAAAAGAGAGUAAACCUACAAAAAUACUACUACAAUUCAAGUAAAAAUAUCAGGCUAGAACAAAUGAAAAUUUCCAAGAAACGAAACGAAGGUCAGCCCAGCAGCAUCUUAAAAUAAAUGAAGAAAGAUGCAGGUUUGAUUCGAAUUACCUAGGCUAAUGCAAACCUGUGACAGUAAACAAGGUGAAAUAAUGUAAAAAAGAAAGUAAACCCACAAAAUUACUACUACCAUUCAAGUAAAAAUAUCAGGCUGGAACAAUUUAAAAACUUUCCAGUUAUACGGUAGUUACAUUUGCUGCAAGGUUACUUAGAAUCUAUCAGUUAAUAUAGCUACUACCACAACGAAGAAAUCAUGCAAAGAUUGUUUUACGUUUUAGGGCCCUGGCGUUAUAUGAUCCUCAGUAAAGGAUGUCUGUACUUAUUCAAACAAUCCGAUGACCAAAACUUUUGUGAGGCAGUCCCUCUCAGCAACUUCAGGUACACUAGAACCUCGAUGUAACAAACCUCUAUAUAACCAAGUUCUCGGUAUAAUUAACGAUACUCUUUAGCCCGGCCAAAAUUACAGUAAAUGUAUGGGACAGAACCUCGAUAUAACGAACGCAAUCCAGAAGCCCAAACGUAUAAUAUACCCCGAUAUAACGAACAAAUGUUAUCACGUGACAAAAGACAAAUACGAAACAGACCAACAAGAAUCAAAAUCCUUCAAUUCUGUACCAAUAGAACAACAAGUUUCCAUAAAAGUUAACAGACACAUCUAAGAAUGACACAUCUUGAGAUCCGCUUUACACUUUAGAAACACCAUAGACACAUCUAUAGACACAGACAUUAAAGCGUAAACAUAUCAAAUAGACGAACAUCGGUUUGAGAUCCUAACCCCUUUAUCCUCGAAAUUUUUUGUCUCUUUUUGAUUCUGGCUUGCGCCUCGUAAAAGAGAUAUUUGUCCUCGGUGUUUUUGAUCAAAAACUUGUUAAUUUCACGCAACCGCUCGGAGAAAAGGUAAAAAUGACGAGGGAAAAACUUUACCUUCAAGUUAGAAAAUUGCGAAACAGAAACCUAUUACAGUUUAAUAUUUCAGAGGUACAUUGAGUGCUUUUUCCGUAGAGAAUUCGAUGGUAAAACAGACAUUAAUUUGAGUGGGGCGUUGAAAAUACAUUACUAUUUAUAUUUAUGGUUAUAUAUUUACGGUAAUCGUUUCCAUCCUAAAAUGCUGGGUAGCACGUUGUCACACCAAAAAAAACAACAACAGCAACAACAACAAAAAACAAACAAAAACAAGACAAAACAAAACAACAACUAUUAACCAUCCCUCGAUAUAACAAAACAUUUUGGUUGUUUUUCCGCAAAUUCGUUAAAUCGAGCUUUUCGAUAUAACGAACCUUCAAUAUAACGAACCAAUUUUCCCAGUUCCUUAGCACUUCGUUUAAUAGAGGUUCCACUGUACCUAUUUGAGAAUUUAAUGACGUAGGGGUUAAGAGUAAAGUUGGGUAUUUCCACUGCUUGAGGUUCGGAAAAAGUCAACUGUCUUUAUAUUCUUUCAGAGUGUGUAAUGCUCCUGAGAAAUCUAAGUACCCGUGGGUUUUCAAACUGAUUCAUACUAAGUCAUGUGACGUCAAGACGUUAGUGUUUGCUGUAGACACAGAUUUUGAUUUAAAGGCAAGUAUUUAAUAUGUUGCCAUUACAACUGCCUAAACACGUGGCAAAUUGAAACACUCAAACAUGUUUCUAGCGAGAUGUAAUUUUAUGCCACAAAAUUACCAUUGAGCGGCUGGAAUUGCGAUAAACUUACAAAGAAACAAAACAACUUAGUAAUGAGACGUUGCCGCAACGCAAUGGAGACCUGGAAAAGUCAAGCAGGCAAGAAUUUUCACAGCUGUAGAAUAUUAAAAAAGUAGCUUGAAACCACAAAUUUGAGGAAUACAAUGCGAUGCAAUCAAAAGCCAACCCCACACAUUCCGGCCCGUUUCAGACUCCAGAUUACUUAUCAUAUGUUAAAAUUUGAAAUUUCAAUUCGAAUUUAUUAAAACUACGAUAGCUCAUUUAGACAUCAAACUUAAUUAGCCCUCCGUAACACUGCCUGUAUGCCUAGAGGAAUAAAUUGGUUGAUGUAAUUCAAAUUAGCUUUGGAAAUAACUGUUUCCUUCUUAUGAAUGAAAGUUCAAACUGUUUGAUUUUUGACAGAAAUGGCAAGACGCUAUAGCAAGAGACAUGGAAAAAUAUUGCGGUGAUUCAUCGUGGUAGGUGACGAAGGCGACAUUGAAGUAAAAGAGUAAAAUGCUUCAGUUGUGUAGGUUAAGUUAUUAGGAAUUGACAAUAAAUGAACGAUGCACUAUCGAGUGCUAGAGAUCUAAAAAAACCUAUUUCAAAAUAAACUAUUCAAACAUGAUAUAUUUUUUCUUUAUAUUCUGCAUCGCGCUGCCUCAAAUGUUCCUUGAUAAAUCAGCUGUAAGAGAAGGGAGACGAUAAGGGUUUGCAAAGCUGUGAUAUUGUUGAAAUGUAUACUGCUUUACAGGGCAGACGACGCUGACGGAUACUGUUCUAUCGACGAUGACGUACCAUCCAAACCACCGAGUCGUGUCCAAACAUUCCAACUAAGAGAAAGACCGCCUGCACCUCUUCCGGAUACUAGACGACGUCAUUCUUGUUCAUUUACCUCUACUGAUCUACGGCAAAAGCCAUUGCCUUCCCUUCCUGAUAUAUCGCAAAAGCCAUUGCCUCCCCCUCCAGGACACGAGAAACCAGAACCUGCAAGAAAACCACCUCCUAAUCUGAAGCCCGCAAUACUGUCUCGCCCACCUGCGAGGGCUACACAAUCAAGCCCAGUAACAAUGGGGAGAUUUCCAGGACGUUCAUCAGAUUCAUCUGGUCUCAAUCCUCAGGGAUAUGAGGACGUAAUUAAUCAACUUCAAAAAGCCAAAGUAAAUCCUACUGAUAUGAGAGGUAACAUGUUCUUUAUUACGUUGAAAGAAAAAGGCGGACUGGAAAUUCGAAAGCAGUCUCUUUAACUCAAGCAUUUUGAAUGUAAUUACGGCUGAGCAUUAGUUUUUUGGAGAUCGGAGGUAAAAGAGGCUGCUUCAUCUUUUUUCAUGUGGAAAAGCUUACACUUUCCAAGCCAGUCAUUUGCAUCGCCCAUCUUUUGCCAUCCCCUUUUUUUUGGCAUAUUUUUCUCAUGAAUCUAAAUUUGGUAACCUUCUAUGACUUGGAGGAAGGCUAUUUUUUUACUUAGUUUCCGCGCGUGUUUUUGUUUGAUCCUUUUGGUGAAAGUACUUUUCAGUGUUGUUCUAGAUGUUACUCAGUGUGUUAUGGCCAUAAGGGAGAAUACAGUCUUUUUUUGUAAUUAUGCACCUAAGUAAAAUUAAGUGUAUGUUAAUUUUGUUACCGUUGCUGCGUACGCAGCGUCAAAAUAGUUUUCACUGAUUCUUAAAAAAUUAUGCUUUUCAGGCUCUGCGUCCACUUUACCACCCCCUCCUAAAGCUGGCCCAGCAGCUCUUCGCAAACCAAUAAAGCUCGGAAGGUAAGCAAAUGCAAAAAGAGAUAUCCAGGGUAAACUUCCUCAUCGAUGAUAUGUGCAUUGAUAGUGUCUUUGUCUGUAACAGAGGUGACCCUGAUGGACAGAGCUUUAAAGUCAAACACAAGGAGGUGAGUUUCCAAAAUGUUAUUUUGUUUUUUAGAUAGAUAGAUAAUUUAAAAGGAAUAACUCACAGCCAAAGGCUGAAUUGAAUAAUUAUUUACAAUAUAAACAUAGUACAAUUAAAACUAGGGCUAUUUACAAAGGGUCUCUAUAUAACUGCAGUGCUCCGUACAAAUUACUGGCUACGAAACAUUGCUAUUUACUCGUUGGCACCUGGCCGGGAUGAAUGAGUUUUUGAAACGGUUAGUGUGAAAUUGUGGCGGAUUGAAAGUUUUUUUGCUUCUCAAGCUAUAUGAGCCUUGUUGACGUGGGGGGAGUAGAUGUGCGAGACUGAGAUCGUUCGAUUUGGUGAUGCCACCAAAUAGCUUAGAGCAGUCAUCAUCGCGUCUUUGGCGUAGGGUACAGAGUCCAUAGCUAUCUAGGGAUUGUUUAUACGAUUGAGAAGGCGCGAUUAUUGACAUGGCUCUUUUCUGGACAUGCUCGAGGUCUUCAUUAAGGUACUCAGGAAGGCUAUGGUGGAAAGUAGGUGUACAGUAUUCUAAUACCGAUCUUAUAAACUGUACAAUAGAAUUGUAUAAGAUAGGUUUGUUUUUCCUUAGGCACUCUGGACGAGCUGUUUGAUUGAAAAAGUUAAAGAAAGCGCAUACUUGUAAAGAUGAGAAAUGAGCACGAUUUAGCUUGUGUUUAAUUCAAUGCUAUGUUUUGCGCCGCGAACCUAGAAUGCUCCCUAGUGCCAUGAAUCAAAAUCUACUUUUUUAACUGCACAACGUGCAAAAGGUUUAUAUCAUUUUGAAGUUAGACUUGAUUUACAUCACAAACAACGCAUUAGAACUGAGCUUCUUAUAGUUUAACGGUAGUCGUCUCACUAGGUCUCAUUUCCACCAUUGUUGAAGAGUGGAAUUCUCGCAUUACUACUAAUAUCUAAUAAAUACUACUGUAUCUAAUAAACAGUCCACAUAUUUGGCUAAAGGUUUAGCUCAUGAUGAACUUCGAAGAACAACCUGAAUAACCAACUUGUAUAGGGAAGGUAUUCAUUUUAUUAACCACACCCUUUGAGGAUGUGAAACCUCACUGAAGCGAAAAACCUCUCCCAGAGGGUAUGCAAUAGAUUCCCACUUCAUGAAUCGUUUUAAGGAUAAAGCUUUAUUUUCCUUACGACUUUUCUGUUGCCUAUUUUCUCUCCUCAUUUGAAGGGAGUCCUUCCGUCUUCAGCAUUGCUACUUGACUUAGACAAGACGGAGGUCAAUUCGUGAGUAAAAUUCGCUUCUCUUUUUUUUCAUGAUGAGGUUCAAAUGUUUGAGAACUGCUGGCGAUGAUGAUCUGAAUUCACUUACAAGUAGCUUUCCUUCUUUUUUUCUUGCUCUUGCCGUAGCCUUCUUGAGAACAAAUAUGGCGUUUAUAUUGUGCGUAAUAGCCAAACUGCACAGUCAAAGAUGGUAAGAACAUACAUAAUUAUUUAAUCUUUGUUUUAGCCUACGUGUAGCCGCACCCUCCCCCCGUAAGGUGAGGCGGAGACGGGGGUGGGGAGGGGGGUAGGGAGUGGGGUGGUCCCAAGCCUUAAACGUGAUUCACUUUGAAACUUUAUUGGGAAAGAUCAGCUUUGGCUGAGUGUCUCAUAAUUUAAGAUAAUGAAAAGCAACAAACCCUCAUACUGGAAACAUUGCCCAUGUUGAUAAUAAUAGGCCAGUUUUCAGAUUAGUGAGGUUCAAUUUGAGGGGACGUUUUGUAACUUACGGACUCACGUGAUGUUGGUUACCUUCCUGUCCUUCGUACAUACUGCCCGUUGUUACCAGAGCCACGUAUUCUAGUGGCUAACAUUCUUAGUAAACUGAUGGUUUCAUACCUUGUAUUGACUGACCGUUCUAAAAGUAGUUAAAUAUUGUUUUUUUUGAAAAUCAAUUUGACUUAAAUGUUCCGGUUUUUUGCAAGUCACAGCGGAAAAACUGAACUCGGAAACGCGGGGGGACAAUGGGGCUGAGUUCAAUAGGAGAAUUAAACCUGGGUCUAUCAGAUUACCACCUUUCCAAACCACUUAUUACGCAAACCACUACCUCUUAUGAAAAGCCUCACCACAUACGGAUGUUGUUACACAACUCCUCAGGUCAGCCGGCCAUGUUGCCAAAAUUAUACGUGGAAAAGACCUUGUAUAGAAUACAUGACACAUUAAGCUAAAAAUUAAACAAAAUAAAAUAGGCACUCUAAGAAAACGUUCCUCAUAUGCAGUUAUUUCUUUUGUGCAGGCGUUGUCGGUGUGUACUGGUGACCGAAUUCGUCAUUAUGUGAUAUUCCAUGAUCAGGUAUGAGAAAGCAACUGAGGAAAUCUUAGAGUUACAUCGUUUUUCUCUUCCAUUCACAAAAUCGUAAAACUUGUCGCUUCUCGUCCACAGAAUCAAGGGUACGCUCUGCAACCUGAAGGGCCAAGAUUUGAUAAACUAGAGGAAAUGAUAGAGCAUUACCACGACUUCAACCUGCCUAAGUGUGACUCAAAACUCACGAGGCCCUUUCGAUCAUGAUCAAUGCACACGACGCGACGGGAGAAGAAUUUUCAAAAUGAAAAAAGAAAACUUACAAGUAAAUCGAGUGCUUGUUAGGAUUGCAAGCAAUGGCAAUUCUCGUUUGUGCACUUCUCUUGUAAGAAGGAAGACUGAAGGCGCAGCGCAGCCUUCGAAAUAUUUACUUUAUUGCUGUAACUCGCUUUCUUAUCCAGGUCUUUCAUAAUUAUGGACCUGCUCCCCUGUCCACGGAGUGGACGACCAAUUAAGUAGACCACAAUAGAGGAGCAUACAGAAAGCCCGUACGCGUGUAGGUUUAGAUUUUUUCAGAAAUAUGAUAUAACUGUGAAGCAAUAUUAAUUCAACUCGAGAAAUUUUCAUUAUCAAGUUUACUAUGUCGUCCGUUCGUUGAGGAACCCUUAUCCGGGGCACUAAGUGUUCAGAUGAGAGUGUCCGCUCAAAGGGCGUUCCCCAUGGGAAGUUCGCAUUAUGGGAGUUGCGUUAAGAGCACCCACCUCCACCGCUGUUUUUCGAGUUUAGUUCCUUGGACUUGGCGGCAUCUUGCACAUCAGAAUGGACCACAGCGUAAAUUAAUUCUCAAUUUAAUUUCUUCAUGCGUUUCUUUUCUCCAUCACACGAUGGCCCCCCUAAAUUUGACUACGUGACUACGGAAAACAAAUUUUUGCACUCAAUGUAUGAUAACGGACCGUACGAAAUUUUCAAAUAAUAUAUUUUCAAUACCG